AGUAAACAUUGUAGUGAUGGGGGUAGAGGAUAACAUCGUGCUUGUCUGCUUCUCAUUUGGAAAUGUCGGCUAUCUAUUGACACUAUAGUGUAAUGAAAACGUGAGACAGACAGCAUGAGAAUCCGUAUUAAUAAGAGUCGUAAUGAAGGUAAUCAUGUUCAUAUUAAUAUAAACGUUAACGUUGCAGAGUAUUAUUAUUUUUACCAGCAUGUUGUAAUGAGAGGUGGCUGUAGAAUAGACUAUCACUGUGUGAGAUUAUUAUUAUUAUUUGUAAAAAUCAGUACGUCUUAUUUCAUAAAGAGGCUGCUUACAUGAAGGGACACUGUAGGCACUCAGGCCACUUCAGCUCAUUAAAGUGGUCUGGGUGCAGUGUCCCAGGUCCCUUAAUCUUGCAAAGGUAAUUAAUUGCAAUAGUUUAGCUUUAAUGGGGUAACUCCACCUCUAGUGGCUGUCUACUAGACAGCCGCUAUGGGACCUCUUGGUCAUUUGGCAUCUUUUGGUUGCCUAGCUGAUGCUGGACGUCCUCACGCUAUGCAUAUUAAGACGUUCAGUGUUACCUGACUCCUCAUAGGAAACAUUGUAUGAUAGAAAUCCCAGCGCUUUGGCGGCCCGCUGGCAUCUAAUUUACCUGCCGACGCGAUCCUAUUCGGGGGAGAGGGGAUGCCUGACAGUCCAAGCAGUCUCCCUGCUGCAAGUCUGGGCCAUGUGAUCACGAUGAUCACAUGGCUGGAAUAGCAGACUAAUGUACUGCCUGGGCUGACCCCCAAGUGAGAAAUCAAACAAUUAAAACAAAACGUAUUUAAUAUAAAAAAAUCUAAUCUAUAUAUUUCAUGAUCUUAAAGCCCGAGGCAUACAAUAAGGCUUAUGUUAUACCAGUAGUAGCAAGUCAGUUGUGGUGUGCCGAAACCGACAAAUGGGAAAGGCCUGAAAAAGAGGGCCCACUUAUUAACGGAAUUUAAAAAGGGAGGGGUGGAUGGGUUUCCAAAACGUAGGCAGAACUUCAGGAGGAAGCUGGGAGAAUGGGGUAGAAAUGGACGGCAACAAACCACUCCCACAACUCCAAGCAUAUUGCUUUCACACUUGUAGUCAGGGUCAAAAGGCAUGUGUGAAAACCAACAAAUGGGGUAGAUAUGAAAAAGAGGGAAAAAAAUAUUAAAACAAACUAAACUCCUAACCGCAUAAUUAACAGAGUCCUCAAUUGAUUAAGUGUUUAGAUUAAUACAGCAGUACUACAUACCACCAAUUUUCCAGUCAGGUAGGAUGAAAGCAUUACAGACUUGAAGAUGUCGCUAAAUAUAAAAUUAGUAAAAUUAUACUGUAACAUAAAGUUAUGCUAACUGUAAUACAAAUAUAUUGGUUGUGCUCUGUACUAGUCUCGGUACAUGUGCCAAAAUUGUGCCUAGGGCAGCACAAAACCAGGAUACACCACUGCCCUCUGCCAUUCCUUUAGUAAUAGCAGCAUUUACAUGCAUACCUGAAACAGAAAAAUUGUUAGUGGGAGCAACUGUUUAACACCCCCAGUAACUUGCUGACCUAUAUUAUGCCAAGUAGAGAAACAAGCUAAAUUGGUGACUUGGUAACAUAACGGAUUGUCAAGUUGCAAUCAGAGGCUCUAACUGUGAUUUGGCAUGAUGGGUAGGUUUGCCACCGAACAUUGUGGCACGUUAUUGGCCUGUCCGUGAAGAUUAAAUAGAUUUGUUGGCUAUGACAGGUGAGGCCCUAACUGCUUUGCCACAAGGGCAGAGAUGAAUAACUAUGAUUUGGCCCAAGGGGUGAAAUAUCUCCCUGGUUGAGGAUGGGAGUAGGCCUCGCGGUACAGCUAUUUAAUGGUACAAGAAGCCAACAACUACCUAUGGCCACCUAGGGUACCAGCCAGACCAACUAAAGGUAAUGUUCUGUAGAGAAGUUGGUUGUUAUAAGGAGGGAGAUAGUGUCGUAAAGUAAGUCAAUUGCAUGACUUGAAAGACAUAAAAGCGUAACAAUGGCAGAAUAAAUGAAAGCUCGAAUUCUAGAAGCGCAUAGCAAGAAAUAAGAGAAUAAAAGUGGAAUGCCAAAAAGUGUACAGUGGUUCAAUCUAACCCAAAUCACAAAGUGACACUAGAGAACAUGUUAAUAACAGAAAAAGGAUACUAUCACUGUGAAAAUGCAGCAGAGUAAUUACAGCUAAGGUAGAUAAAUAAAGAACCACGAUCUCAGAACACGAAUACCUCUAGUGAUAUCUUUACCAAUCAACUGAAGGAAAUCAAGCAGUAUAAUAAAUGACCAGGUUGACCAAGUGUGCUAAAAGAGCCCCAGAUAAUCAAAGGCUGGUAUACAGCUUACCUGGUGAGACUUGAUUUACCGAUAUGUUUGUGAUGUAUAUAGAUAAGCAAGACAGGCCAUAAAGGAGGUGGCCAGAAAAAUUAACAAAAACGUCCCCCGAAGGAUAUCAAGAGGUGAGGUGCAUAACUUACAAGAUUGUUGAGUUGUGGAAAAACGGCCUCAAGUCUGGAGCAAGUAGGCAUUGCGACAGAAAGACAUAGUAAAAAAAUAAUAGCGAGGACAUAAGUAAACAGUGUGUGUAUACAUACAUAUACCUACCCCACAUAUAUAAAUUUGUGGGCUUACCUACCGAGAUAUUGUGCGAGGUUGGAUGAAAUGAUAGCAAUGGAAGCUGUACUAGGUUGUUGUAAUGGUAUCGACACCUAUAUUAUAUAUGAGCAAGGUUAAAUAAGAAUAUAUAUAUCAAUAAUUAAAUACUGUGAGGAGAAAUAUCAGGGCUCGACAAAUCCCAGGCACCAGGGCGCCACAGCGACUAGAAAUUUCGCCCUGGCGUUUGGGAUUUGCCAGCUCUCUAGUUAGUGUGGCUGCCGAGGGAGCUAUGACGGCGGCCAUCGCUGAGAAUAUUGGGGGCGGCCCUCCGGGGCAGCUUGGAGGCGGCCGGCACUGGCAUCAUUACAGAGCGCGAGGGAGCAGAGAGGAGCUACAGGCACUGGCACUGGCAUCAUUACAGAGUACUGCUCCUUCGCACACAGGAAGAGAGCAGCUCCACUGGACCCCAGGAAAGACUCAUUCAUCUCUCCCAAAGGUAGGAAGGCUGAUUGGGUUUCAAUUAAAACAAAAAUAUAAGUGUGUGUGAGCCUGUCAGAAUGAGUGUGUGUGUGUGCCUGUCAGAGUGUGUGUGUAUUUGUGAGAGAGCCUGUCAGAGUGUGCGUGUAAGCCUGUCAGUGUGUGUGAGCCUGUUAGUGUGUGUGUGUGAGCGUGAGCGAGCCUGUAAGAGUGUGUGUGAGCCUGUCAGUGUGAGUGAGCCUGUAAGAGUGUAUGUGUGUGUGUGUGUGUGUGCACGAGAGCCUGUCAAGAGAGUGUGUGUAAACACCUGUCAAGAGUGUGUGCGAGCCUUUCAAAGUGUGUGCGUGCAAGCCUGUUGUGAGUGUGUAUGUGUGCCUAUGAGUGUGUGUGUGCGCCUGUCCGUGUGUGUGUGCGCGCGUCUAGGUACUUGCCCCAUCCAAUCGCAUGAGGAAGGUGUUUUUCCUUACAUUUUUUCUCAUUUUCCAACGCCGUGCCAGUUUUGCCAUGGCAGAGGUUAUCAAUCAUUAUGAUCUCAGCUAAGCCAAUGCUUUUUCGUAAGGAAAGCAUUGGGAGGAUUUUGUGCAUGCGCAGCUAAUGUACCAAUCCGCAUCUCCUCAUAGAGAUGCAUUAAAUUAAUGAAUCUCUAUCAGGAUCAUUCAGUGCCUCCAUGCAGAGCUUGGAGACACUGAACUUGGGUGCUGCACGUGGUGCAGCAGUGACCCAGGACUCUCUAGUGGCCGUCUGAGUGACUGUCACUAGAGGUGUUACUAAGCAGAAAUGUAAACUCUACCUUUUCACAGAAAAGUCGAUGUUUACACGGAAACGCCCGUAGGGACAGGCUUUAGACACCAGAACAACUACAUCAAGCUGUAGUGGUUCUGGUGACUAUUGUGUCCCUUUAAGAAUUGAAUUUUCCCAUUGAAAAUGACUGGCUCCUAAGUUUUUUAGUUGACUCUUAGAUUCCAAACAAAUUUGACAGGCUCGCACACACUCUAACAUGACAACAGGCUUGUACGCACACACUCUGACAGACUCGCACACACAAACUGACAGGCACUCACACACUCUUGACAGGCUCACGCACACACAUACACAUACAGACACCCUGACAUUCUCUCUCACACACACUGACAGGCUCACACACACACUCUUGACAGGCUCUCUCAGACAAAUACACUGACACGCUCACACACUCAAUCUGACAGGCUCACACACACUUACAUUUUUGUUUUAAUUAAAACCCACUCAGCCUCACUACCGUUGGGUUCGCAUAGAACCGAACGCUAGCUCCCUGUCAGCCGUUCACAUGAACCAAAACCGCAACUACACUUCAGGGGGACUUAGCCGCAAAUGCCCUGGAACUAUUUUCGGCAUAAAGACUUUGCGGUUCCCGGUCGGUCCCCAGCGGCAUGUAGCUGCGAUUUUAUGGAACUAUUUUUGGCAUGAAGACUUUGCGGUUCCGGUUUGGUCCCCAGUGGCAAUUAGCCGCGAUUCUAUGGAAUUAUUUUAGGCAUAGGACCAUGCGUGCUGUCAGUCAAAUUAUGGCUUCCGGGAAAAUCCUGAACCCCUGAACCGAUCUGGGUGAUAUUUGGAUAUGUUGGUGACCCAGAUAAGGACUAUCAGGGGAUGUAACAUUUAGGCGGUUUUAUGUAUUUUUAAGGUACCUUUGGGGUGUUUGGGAAAAGUGUGUUUUUUGUGCCUGGAGAUAAAUGAGUUUAAUACAGUGCUUGACUCCAUUAUCUCCCAGGAACAGGGGACGGAUUAUCUUGUUUUAUGUGGGAGUGUCCUGGACCUGAGAGCCAAUGUAAUUGUGUGCAUGUUUUACUGUAGUCUACUCUCAGGUCCAAGGGGGAGAGCCCCUUGCAUGGGGACCUGCAUAUAAGGCCAGUUGUGACUGCCAAUAAACGAGUUUCAGUUUACCCCCAACACAGAGCCUUGUCUCGUGAUUGUAGGGGAAGGCUAUACCAGCUAUAAUCCCUGCUCCUUUGGAUUGCUAUAAUCACUAGUUCUUGUUAGAGCUACACUGCUAUACCUGCUAUACUCUCUUGGAGGAGAGGUCUUCUUACUGGGACCUGGAUCCAGGAGUUUGGUCCAGGGAAGGAAGGGAUGGCGAGACCCCAGCCAAGCUGCGGCAGCUAAGGGGCUACAGUGCUUAUGGUGUCCGGUGCUUAUGGUACUCGGCGACAGCUAGAAAGCAUUGAUUGGCGGAGGUACCCAGUCGGGGUGCCUGGCGGUCCAUCACACAAAUGUAAUGCCAUGAGGGGGUAUGUUAUGCCAGCUGACUGGUCUCAAAGGCAACAUAUGCCCAACACACCAGUCUGACAAAUUUCAAUGUGUAUAAACUGAAAAGGGGGGAAGUAUUUGAGCAUGUAACUUUCCAAAACUCCAUUAAACUUGUACAUGGUGGAUACUGUUGUACUUGUGAGACAUUGUUGAACACAAAUACGUGCAUUUUAUUGCAGUAAAAGCUAAUACUAUUAUGACAUUCACAGUUAAAGUACAGAACUUCAAAAAUAAAAAUGUCUUAAUUUCUCAAAUGUUUUAGAUUUUGUUCAUAUUACAUUACUGUAUAUACUCAAGUAUAAGCCGAGUUUUUCGGCUUAUACUCGAGUCAGUGUCUGUAUUAUGGCAACUUACAUUGCCAAAAUACAGACCAGGACCGCCUGACCACCAGGGAAUGUUACAGACCCCCUCCCUGGCCAGGUAUUAAGCAUGGAGGGGGACAAAAAAAAAUAAUAAUUUCAUUUUAUAAUAUUAAAAUAAAAAAUAAAAUAAUAAUAUUAAAAAAUAUAAAAAAAUAAUAUUAAAAUAAAAAAUAAUAAAAAUGCCCCACCCAGUUUACACACACUACACAAACACACACACACUCUGCAUUCACACAAACAGACACUCUGCAUUAUAUACACACAAAGUGUAUAUAAUGCAGAGUGUGUGUGUAUAUAAUGCACACACUCUGCAUUAUAUACACACACUCUCUGCAUUAGAUACACACACACACACUCACUCUGCAUUAUAUACACUCACACUCAUACAAACACACACUCUGCAUUAUAUACACACUCACUGCAUUCAUACAAACACACACUGCAUUAUAUACACACACGAAUUCUGCAUUCAUUAUACACACACUACACACAAACACACACACUGCGUUCAUUAUAUACACACAAACACACACACUCUGCAUUCAUUAUACACACUGUAAAUAAAUAUUCAUUAAUGUAAUUUUAUUGGGAUCUAAUUUUAUUUAGAAAUUUACCAGUAGCUGCUGCAUUUCCCACCCUAGGCUUAUACAGUUUUUUGUGGUAAAAUUAGGGGCCUUAGCUUAUAUUCGGGUCGACUUAUACUGGAGUAUAAACGGUAUGUUUCAAGUCUAAAUAUUUGGUGUGAAGUAAAAGCCUUGUUUCUCUUGAACAAAAUUAUGUCUAAGUGUGGAUAAAUUAUGCUUGAACAGACAUAGUCAAUUUCCAGGUUUUGUUUACAUUUUGUUUUGAUCAACCUGUACAAUUGCCUCCGUCCUUAAGGGAUUAACCCCUUAAGGACCGAGGACGGUUCAGGACCGUCAUCGGCAUUUUUGCGUUGCCGACCGAUGACGGUCCUGAACCGUCCUAACGGUCAGAGCUACUUACCUGAUCGCCGUCGUUCCCCCGGCGGCGAUCAGCGUGGCUCCGGUUGUGGGGAGACUGCCUGCAGCCCAGACAGUCUCCCCACACAGAUUAGGACCCCUGUGGCCAUGUGAUCGCUUAACACAGCGAUCACAUGGUCACAAUAGGUGUCCAUGUGUCUGCCUGCAGGGGGACUGCCUGUGCUGACAGGCAGUCUCCCUGCUAGUGUAAAAUCAGAAAAAAAAUAAAGUUAAUGUUAAUAAAAAAAAUAAUAAUAAUUAUAUAUGUGUAUAUAUGAUAUAUAGACAUAUUAUAUCUAUAUAAUAUAUGUCUAUAUAUCAUAUAUAUAUAAUGUCAUACUAAGUGUAUUUUUAUAUUAAUAUGUACUUAUAUUAAUAUAAAAAUACACUUAUAAUUAAAUUACACACGUAUAUAUAUAAUAUAUAUAAUAACUAUAUAUAUUGUAUAUAUAUAUUAUUAUAAAAUAUAAAUAAUAAGUAAUUUAAAUUAAAUAAAAAAUUUUUUAAAUAAUAAUAAAAAUUUAAAAAAAAUUAUAUAGCUAUAUGAAAUUUUAUUCUAACUGUAUUUUAAAAUUAAUAUAUAUAUAUUUAUAUCAAAAUACACUUAGAAUGAAUUUGUAUAUAUAUCUAUGUAUAUAAAAAUAAUAAGAAAUAUACAUAUGUCCAUAUACAAAAUUACAUAAAUAAUUAUAUAAAUAUACACGUAGACUUCAGAUAUAUAAAUAUGCAUAUAUAUUUAAAUUCUACGUGCGUAUUUAUGUAAUAUUUUACAUAAUUCAGUAAUUUUAUUGAUUGCAAUUUAAGGGACCUGCCUGCCAACCCAGGCCGAAAUUCCAGAGAAUUUAAUUUGCUAGCACUGUAUUUUACCCUGUAACGUUCUACAACACCCUAAAACCUAUACAUGGGGGGUACUGUUUUACUCGGGAGACUUCGCUGAACACAAAUAUUAGUGAUUCAAAACAGUAAAACAUAUCACAGCGAUGAUAUUGUCAGUGAAAGUGACUUUUUUUGCAUUUUCACACACAAACAGCACUUUUACUGAUGAUAUAAUUGUUGUGAUACGUUUUCCAGUUUUUAAACACUAAUAUAUGUGUUCAGCGAUGUCUCCCGAGUAAAACAGUACCCCCCAUGUACAGGUUUUAUAGCAUUUGUGAAAGUUACAAGGUCAAAUACAUGGGUCAAAUAUUUUUACAUUGAAAAUGGCCAGGUUGGUUACGUUGCCUUUGAGAGCGUAUGGUAGCCCAGGAAUGAGAAUUACCCCCAUGAUAGCAUACCAUUUGCAAAAGAAGACAACCCAAGGUAUUGCAAAUGGGGUAUGUCCAGUCUUUUUAGUAACCACUUGGUCACAAACACUGGCCAAAAUUAGCGUUCAAUUUAGUUUUUUUACUUUUUUCACACACAAACAAAUAUGAAUGCUUACUUUGGCCAGUGUUUUCGACUAAGUGGCUACUAAAAAAGACUGGACAUACCCAUAUUGAAUACCCUGGGUUGUCUACUUUAAAAAAAAUAUGUACAUGUGGGGUGUUAUUCAGAGAUUUAUGACAGAUAAUAGUGUUACAAUGUCACUAUUGAUAAAUUUUUAAAAUGUAUGUUUUGAAACCGCAAUAUCCUACUUGUACCUAUAGCCCUAUAACAUGCAAAAAAAAGCAAAAAAGCACGUAAACACUGGGUAUUUUUAAACUCAGGACAAAAUUUUGAAUCUAUUUAGCAGUUUUUUUCAUUAGCUUUUGUAGAUGAGUAAAAGAUUUUUCAAGUAAAAGUCAAAAAACAUGUAUUUUUUCAAUUUUUCAUCAUAUUUUUUUAUUUUUUUUAAAUUAAAAUACAUGAGAUUAUAUAAAUAAUGGUAUGUAAAGAAAGCCCCUUUUGUCCUGAAAAAAACAAUAUAUAAUUUGUAUGGGAACAGUAAAUGAGAAAGUGGAAAAUUACAGCCAAACACAAACACCACAAAAGUGUAAAAAUAUGCCUGGUCGCAAAUGUACAACAUCGCAAAAACAGUCCAGUCCUUAAGGGGUUAAAGUAACACUAUAGUGUUAGGAAAACAAAGAUGUAUUUACAAUGAAAGGGUUAAAUAAUUAUUUCAACACUUGCCCGAUUCCAGCUACAAAGUCACUCAGUGCUAGCUUCGCCUCCUCUGAUGUCAUCACAAGGGAAACCUAAUGCGCAUGCGCCACAUGCAUUAGGCCAUCCCCAUAGCAAAGCAUUGACUCAAUGCUUUCCUAUAGGGAAUUUGAAGAUUCUGAAUGUUCUCAUUGUGACAAACUCCCUUGUCCAAGUGAGGAACCUGGAGGAGCCUGCUUGCCAGCCUCCUGCCCACAGACCUUAAUAAAUGUGAUAUAAAAGUCUCCAUUAUUGCAAUUGGGAUUAUGUGGUUCGGUUACCAAACAACCGCACAAACCAGAGACCACCCUGGAGCUUGUUAACACCUAUUAACAACUUGGAACGUUUCUCACCGCAGUGUUCUAAUUGUUCAUCUGGGUGGCCCCAAUUCCUAUGGUAAAACCAUGAGGUGGCAGCCAUCUUGUUCGCAUGAACGCAGGCGGCGGUAUUUGGGCAUGAAUCUCAUGGAACUAAAAUCGGACACAGAAACUCCCGAACACCGCUGGACUUUCAUCAUCGCCUGCGUUCAGUUCUAUACAACUUAGAAGGGCACUGUUUGGUGAAAUCAUUCGUCUGGAUGUGGCGAACAAGAUCCAAGGCAAGACUAUUGACUCUGUUCGGUAGUUUGUUUAUUUUCAAACUACCGAACUACACCGACCACAAGCCCUGAUUCUCUGGAACUGUUUUGGGCAUGGGGCCAUGCCUACCCCUGAACUGAUCUGGGUGAUUUUUGGAUAUGUUGGUCACCCAGAUCAGGACUAUCAGGAUGUAACUUUAUGGGGUUUUAUGUAUUUUUAAGGUACUUUUGGGGUGUGAAGGCAUAGACUCCACAAGACCUCUCAGCGUGUCCUGUGGUACCAACAACCAAGACAUUAGUAGCAGAUCCUUUAAGUCCUGCAAGUUGCGAACUGGGGCCUCCAUGUAUCAGAUUUGUUGUUCCAGCACACCCCAUAGAUGCUUAAUUGGAUUGAGAUCUGGGGAAUUUGGAGGCCAUGGUAACACCUGGAACUCUGUCAUUUUUCUCAAGUCAUUCCUGAACAAGUUUUGCAGAGUGGCAGGGUGCAUUAUUCUGCUGAAAAAGGCUAAUAUCACCAGGGAACACCCUUGCAAUGAAGGGGUUUACAUGGUGUUCAACAAUCUCUAGGUAGGUGAUACAUAUCAAAAUAACAUGCACAUGAAUGUCAAGUCCCAAUGUUUCCCAGCAGGACUUUGCCCACAGCUUAACACUGCCUCCACUGGCCUUCCUUCUUCCCAUGGUGCAUCCUGCUGUCAUCUCUUCCCCAUGUAAAUGAUUCACAUGCACCUGGCCAUCCACCUGAUCUAAAAUCAAAAGUGAUUCAUCAGAUCAGGCAACCUUGUUCCAUUGCCCAUGAUUAAGUAUUGAUGCCCAUGUCUUCAUUGAAGUCGCUUUCGGCGGUAGACAGGAGUUAUCAUGGGCACUCUGACUGAAGUAUAGACACGUAUAGCAUAUCAGCAGAGGGAUUUCCCAGCUAACACAGUUCAGGGUGCUCUGUAAUACGCUCUGUACUGUGUAGGGAUGUGCAUGGGCAAAAAAUUUGGUUUUGUUCGGCACUUCUGAACUUUGGGAAUUUGGCACUUCGGUUCGGCAAUCCGAAAUUCGGGACUUUGGAACUUCGGCAAUUCCUUAACCCUUCCCCUAAACUUACACCCAACCCCUAAACUAACCCUACUCCUAACACCAACCCUACUCCUAACCCUAGUAGGGGUAGGGUUAGGGUUAGAUUCCUGUCAUCAUUCCCUUAAUUUUCCCUCCCUCUACUGUUUUGCCACUUUUCAGAAAUCCAAAGCACUUCAGGACUUCCGAAAUUCAGCAGUUCGGUUCAGCACUUCAAAAUUCGACAAUUCGGAAGCAUCAGAAUGUCCAAAUUGCCCGAAAUUAGUCCGAAUUUAAAUUCGGACCGUAACGAAUUGCACAUGUCUAGUACUGUGUGAUUGCAGUAUGAGAGGGAGAUUUCUCUCUUUCUGCAGUUCCUACACACUGUUCCUACCGAUCAAUGAUCAAUUCUGGGCAGAAGGCUCAGCCCAGCGUCUAUCACUACCUGUAGGUUGACCUAACGGGUCUUUUCAGAGAUAAUCACUGCAGCUGAAUGUUGAUUUAAAGGAUAUAAAGUAUAAGGAAGCGGUGUAGGGAUAAAGUGCUUAAAUAGUGCAGGCUAGCCACUCCAAAUAAGGGAUCACUCCCAAUCCCAAAAGAUACACAAAUGCAAAAAAGGGUAUAGUUCCCAAAACAUAUACCAGAUGGGGGCGCUAUAAUAACAAAACGUGUAUAUAGUUACUGUAGCGGAUGGCACCAGGCGACCAUACAAAAAUACUGUAUAAAGCUGCAUCCGUGUAUCUGUUGUAUUUUCUGUGUAUUAAAAAGAAUUGUAUUUCUCUGAUUGUUCGGUAGUUUCAUUCCCUUAGUUUAUUCGAAUGAAACUACCGAACAACCAGACCUCCCCUGUGUGAAGUGUGUCCUCAAUUACCCGUUGCAACAUUGUUGCGAACGGGUAAUUGAACAGUAAGUAGCCGUCCUUUGUUCUCGGGGGUGGCCGCCAUUCGACAAACGAACACGUGGCGGCGACCAUUUUAAAACUCCCGAACAGCGGUGUUUUGCCUUCGAGUGUCUGGAACUAAAAUCGGACAAUCGAGUAGGCGAACACCGCUGAGACCUCCACAGCCCUUGUCCGUUCGGUUCCAUAGAGAAUACCGAACGAGGGGAUUCAGGCGAACCCUCCCUAGCCUCUAUAGCUAGAGGUUUUCGUGUAUUUUAUUCCCUUAUGCCAGGACCGACCGCAGGGCCCAUUCACAUGGAACCGAAUUCGGCUAUCUCAGUUCGUGCGGUCGGUCAUUUUAUUCCCUCCAUACUUUUUCCGAACCCCUGGUCUGAUCUGGGUGAUUUUUGGAUAUGCUGUUCACCCAGAUCAGGGCUACCAGGGGAUGUAUGAUUUAAAGAGGUACCCCUACGUUUAGGGGUACAUCCAGAAAUGGGGGGAAUUGGUGUGCUGGAUAAGGGGAUUAUGAUGCUGGCUGAGGGGAGGAGAUGUGUGGGAGGUUACCAGGACAGAAUUGGCUACUGUAAUAAUUACUGUAAGUCCCUCCCUUGCAUGGGAGCAUGCUUUAUAAGGAGACUGUGAUUAAAGGCUUGUCAGUUAUGCUCCUGAAACUGUGUGUCGUCCAGUUAUUGGGAUUGCUGUUGGGAUAUUGCUGUAUUUUACCUGCUGGAAACCCUGCCUUUGGAUGUACUAUUUACUUGUUCCUGAGUCUCACUUGGAUUAUAAGCGGAGAUAACCUGGGUAAUAUUGCAUCUCCGCUACAUUGGUUGGCAGCGCUGGGAUCCAGACUCACAGAAGAACAAGCCUAAAUGGAGUACGGAUGGAGAUUGAUUUUGCCACACUAAAACGCUCCACGCUAAAAGACCUUCUGGAGGCAAGGGGUAUCCAAGCCAGCAAUAAGACUAAAGCGGCACUUAUCACUGAACUGAUGGCGGAGUACCGAAUGGAAGGCGAUUCGGUUCCCGAACAAGGGAAUUCGGGAGAAACACCGGAACAAAGGGAGUUCCAGAGGCAGGUACAAUUUCGGCUGUCUUUCUAUGGGGAACACCCUCCAACAGAGAUUGUUUCCAAAACGAUAACGGAGGUCCAGGAAUUUAUACUGAGGAGUCAAACAGCGGCACCAGAACGCAGCUCUGCAGUAAAUAUGCCACAUGAAGGUAAGCCGAAAAUACCGUACCAGGCUUUUAAAACAUAUGUGGAGGCAGAGGAAGAUAUAGACGCUUUCCUGCAAGAUUUCGAGAGACUGUGUGCACUGCAUAGAAUCAGCGCAGAGGACUGGGUACCUAUUUUGGCAGGGAGGUUAACUGGGAGGGCAGCUGAGGCAUACCGUACUGUACCUAAUGAAGAAAUAAGGAAUUACAAUAAAGUGAAAGAAAUUAUAUUGGCCAGGUAUGCUAUAACACCAGAAGCAUGCCGGCGGAGAUUCAGGGAUUUAAAGAAGGUGGAGAAAGACUCACAUGCUGAGUGGGCAUGCAGACUACAAAGAGCAGUCUUGGGGUGGGUGCAAGCGAGCAAGGCACGGUCUAUGGAGGAUGUAUUGCAAAUGGUACUGAUGGAGCAAUUUUAUGAAGGAGUAACCAGUGAGGUACAGGAGUGGGUAAGAGACAGAAACCCUACCUCCCUUACCGAAGCAGCCAGGAAGGCAGACGAGUACCUGGAUGCACGCAGGCAGCAAAAACCUGCAGCUCCAAAAGUACCUUUUAAAACCUUUGGGGGAAAUAACUACACGCCAGCUCUACCAAGGUCACUGCCACCACCACCACCCCCCGCUACACAGCCACGUUUCCGCCAGCCCACGUCGGGCCCUUGCCACCACUGCCAGAAGUGGGGACAUUAUAAAAGGGAAUGCCCCCAGCUGCGGGACCGUUCCACCUGGAUCCGACCCGGUCCACCACCACCACCGAGAGCCGCCCAGCCCAUCACUACCAGGACAUCGUGGCCACACCGUAUGGUUCAGCAGUUCCCAUCACAACAGUAGAGCAGUGGGAGGUACUGCACGAGGCAGAUCCCGUCCAGGCUAACACAGACAACCGCCAGCAUCACAGGCAGACCGUGUAUCUGGAGGGUAAAGCGGUUCAGGGGCUACGUGACUCAGGAGCCACCAUCACCCUGGUAAAAAGUCACCUGGUCUCAGACCAAGCUAAACUUAGUAAGACUGUGGCCGUCAGGGUAGCCGGGGGAGCAGUAUAACGGCUACCCACAGCAAGGGUACAUUUGCAUUGGGGAGCGGGGGCAGGGCAUGUGGAGGUGGGGUUGAUGCCGCAGUUACCGGCGGAGGUUUUAUUGGGGAGCGAUCUGGGGAGGCUCACAUCUGCUUUUGAGCCCCAGACACCCACCACAGGAGAAGCUCACCCUGUGGUCACUCGACAACAGGCCCGCACCCAGGACUACAACACACUCCCGGAGGUUCAGGUAAGAGAUCCUUCCCCUUCCCCUGACUGUGUCCCCUGGGCCCCUCCUAACGAAUUUGCAGCUGAGGUAGUGACUGAACCCACCUUGCAGGUGUAUAGGGACAAGGUGACAGCAGACACGCCUGGGGAGGAGGGCGAAAGGUUUAUUUGGGACAACCAGCUGUUAUAUCGGGAGACGGAUAAGCAGGUAUCCGGGUCAGACCCGAUUGUGAUGAGGCAGUUAGUGGUACCUCAGCGGUACCGGGCGGAGUUACUACGGAUAGCUCACGACAUUCCGCUAUCUGGACAUUUAGGGGUCAGCAGGACCCGAUACAGGUUAACCCAAAGUUUCUUUUGGCCGGGAAUUAGCCAGGAGGUGCGCAGGUAUUGCAACACGUGCGAUACCUGUCAAAGAGUGGGGAAAAGGGGGGACCGGCGCAAGGCCAAGUUACAUCCCCUCCCCAUAAUCGAGGAACCCUUUAGCAGGGUAGCAGUUGACCUAAUAGGACCCCUCAACAAAGCAAGCCCGUCAGGUAAAAGAUUUAUCCUGACAGUAGUAGAUUAUGCCACUAGAUAUCCAGAGGCGAUGGCCCUGACGAAUAUACAGGCUGAGACAGUAGCCGAAGCCCUGAUGAAGAUAUUCUCCCAGGUGGGACUCCCCAGGGAGAUUGUCUCCGAUCAGGGCACCCAGUUCACCGCCGAAGUCACGCAGCGCCUCUGGAAGUUUUGUGACAUUAAGCCGGUCAUUAGUUCCCCUUACCACCCCCAGAUGAAUGGGCUCUGCGAACGUUUCAACGGUACAUUGAAACAAAUGCUCCGAACCUUCGCAGAGACCCACAAGGACUGGGAGAAGUUCCUGCCGCACCUCCUCUUUGCUUACUGGGAGGUGCCGCAGGAAUCCACUGGGUUCUCCCCAUUUGAACUAUUGUUUGGCCGCAGGGUACGAGGGCCUUUAGAUUUGAUCAGAGAGCAUUGGGAGGGAGAACGGAGCACUGACGGUACCCCCAUCAUACCCUAUGUGUUGGCAUUCCGAGACCGCCUUGAGGCCUUAACUCAGACGGUACGCGAAAAUUUGCAGGCGGCUCAGACACGCCAGCGCACAUGGUAUGAUCGGGGCACCAGGGACCGUAGCUUUCAGGUCGGGCAGAAGGUGUUAAUCUUAAAACCUGUCCGACACGAUAAGCUGCAGGCCGCCUGGCAGGGCCCUUAUAAGGUGGUGGAACAACGGUGUGACACCACUUAUAUAAUCGGCUCGUGCGUUGGUACUGGGGGGCGGCGCAUGCUCCAUGUGAACAUGAUGAAGCCCUACCAGGAGCGCUCGGAGGAAGUGACCGCUAUAUGUGCGCCUAACUCCGAGGAGUUUGACAGUUUACCUCUCCCGGAUCUGCUGGGAGAGGGUCAGUUAUCCGGGGACUUAGGGGAGGUCACCCUGGGGGAUCGGUUGAGUCCACAGGAGCGGAGCGAGGUACAACAGCUGUUGAGGGAGAAGCAGGAUAUCUUCUCUAAUGUACCUGGUUACACUCCUUUGGCCACUCACCGAGUAGACACCCCAGGGCAACUUCCCAUGCGUCAGACCCCGUACCGCAUCCCAGAAGUGGUACGGGCGAACAUGCGCAAGGAGAUAGAUGAGAUGCUCCAGCUGGGGGUGAUUGAGCCCUCUGACAGCCCCUGGGCAUCUCCGGUAGUACUAGUACCAAAGCGGGACGGCACGACCCGGUUUUGUGUAGACUACCGGAGAUUAAAUGAGAAGACGUAUCGGACGCCUAUCCUAUGCCCAGGAUAGACGAACUCCUGGAUCGGAUGGCGAGGGGGCACUAUCUCACCACGAUUGACUUGUGUAAAGGGUAUUGGCAAAUACCCUUGGCACAAGACGCCAUCCCUAAGUCGGCCUUUGUCACCCCAUUCGGCUUGUGCCAAUUUAAGGUCAUGCCGUUUGGGAUGAAAAACGCCCCGGCUACUUUUCAGCGGAUGGUGGACCGCCUCCUAGAUGGGUUCCAGGAUUAUACCUGCGCAUACCUCGACGAUAUUGCCAUCUUCAGCAAUACCUGGCAGGAACACCUGACCCAUAUAGGAGCGGUCCUAGACAGGAUUAGGGCCGCUGGUUUAACGCUGAAACCAGCCAAAUGCAGCAUAGGGAUGGCUGAAGUACAGUACCUAGGUCAUCGGGUAGGAUGUGGCAAGCAAAAACCGGAACCAGCCAAAGUAGAGGCUGUAGCUCAAUGGCCCACCCCUAGGACUAAGACCCAGGUGUUAGCGUUCUUAGGAACGGCCGGAUACUACCGGAAAUUUGUCCCGAAUUACAGUGCCCUGGCCAAACCUCUCACCGACUUGACCCGUAAGAACCUACCCCGCCAAGUAACCUGGACCCCGGAGUGUGAACAGGCAUUUCAGUUGUUAAAAGAUGCAUUGACAAAUGCCCCUGUCUUGGCCGCUCCCAAUCCAACUAAGCGUUUUCUUGUCCACACAGACGCUUCUAUGUUUGGAUUGGGAGCAGUAUUAAGCCAAGUCGGGGCCGAUGGCGGAGAACAUCCCGUGGCUUACAUCAGCCGGAAACUGUUACCUCAAGAAGUAAGCUACGCCGCCAUCGAGAAAGAAUGCCUGGCUGUGGUGUGGGCCCUGAAGAAAUUACAGCCAUAUUUGUACGGACAAGCUUUUUCCCUGCUCACGGAUCACAACCCGUUAGUAUGGCUAAACCGGGUGGCUGGGGACAAUGCCCGGCUACUGCGCUGGAGUCUGGCGCUGCAGCCCUUUGACUUUAAUAUCCAGUACCGCCCGGGUAAACAGAAUGGAAAUGCUGAUGGGUUGUCCGACAAACUGACCUAGAGAAAUGAUCCGUGAGCCUCCCCGGACAUCCCCAAGCCGAUCCGUGUUGGAUCAGACUGUGUAUGCCGGCUUGUGGGCAAGGGGGAGCAGUGUAGCGGAUGGCACCAGGCGACCAUACAAAAAUACUGUAUAAAGCUGCAUCCGUGUAUCUGCUGUAUUUUCUGUGUAUUAAAAAGAAUUGUAUUUCUCUGAUUGUUUGGUAGUUUCAUUCCCUUAGUUUAUUUGAAUGAAACUACCGAACAACCAGACCUCCCCUGUGUGAAGUGUGUCCUCAAUUACCCGUUGCAACAUUGUUGCGAACGGGUAAUUGAACAGUAAGUAGCCGUCCUUUGUUCUCGGGGGUGGCCGCCAUUCGACAAACGAACACGUGGCGGCGGCCAUUUUAAAACUCCCGAACAGCAGUGUCUGGAACUAAAAUCGGACACUCGAGUAGGCGAACACCGCUGAGACCUCCACAGCCCUGGUCCGUUCGGUUCCAAACUACCGAACGGCCCCUCGUUCGGUAGAUAGAGAAUACCGAACGAGGGGAUUCAGGCGAACCCUCCCUAGCCUCUAUAGCUAGAGGCUUUCGUGUAUUUUAUUCCCUUAUGCCAGGACCGACCGCAAGGCCCAUUCACAUGGAACCGAAUUCGGCUAUCUCAGUUCGUGCGGUCGGUCAUUUUAUUCCCUCCAUACUUUUCCCGAACCCCUGGUCUGAUCUGGGUGAUUUUUGGAUAUGUUGUUCACCCAGAUCAGGGGUAUCCGGGGAUGUAGGAUUUAAAGAGGUACCCCUACGUUUAGAGGUACAUCCAGAAACGGGGGGAAUUGGUGUGCUGGAUAAGGGGAUUAUGAUGCUGGCUGAGGGGAGGAGAUGUGUGGGAGGUUACCAGGACAGGAUUGGCUACUGUAAUAAUUACUGUAAGUCCCUCCCUUGCAUGGGAGCAUGCUUUAUAAGGAGACUGUGAUUAAAGGCUUGUCAGUUAUGCUCCUGAAACUGUGUGUCGUCCAGUUAUUGGGAUUGCUGUUGGGAUAUUGCUGUAUUUUACCUGCUGGAAACCCUGCCUUUGGAUGUACUAUUUACUUGUUCCUGAGUCUCACUUGGAUUAUAAGCGGAGAUAACCUGGGUAAUAUUGCAUCUCCGCUACAGUUACCAUACUUAUUCAAUGGAAGACAUAAAAUAUAAAAAGUAAAAAGCAUAUAUGGUGAAGUAUUUAAUGGCACAGUAGGAUGAUAAAAUAACAAUAUGUACACAAAGAUGAUGGCACAAAGAGACUUAUAUCAAUUUGUGCAAACGAGCUUUUCAAAACCCCUCCUGGGUUAAGUCCCCUUUAAAUACAGAUCCGGUAUCGAUGCCUUCUGAUGGUAAAUGUUUUCCUUCCAAAUAUGUAUAAGAGGAUGAACCAGGCAACAACGGAUGAAUAAGUGUAGAAUCUCUGGGGUGACACUGGCAAGCCUCUCCGCUCAACGCGUUUUGUCCCGAGGACUUUCUCAAGAGCUGUAAGUCCUCAUGGAGGGUUUAAAGAUCCAUUUUACAGCACUACGGAAUUUUCUGGCACUAUAUAAAUAAUAAAAUGAUAAUAAUAAUGAAGAGUGGUCAACAGUAUCAGACAGCAAAGAUGUCGAGGAGAGUAUUGACCAUUACAUUUAGCAGUGAUUGUCGUUAGUAAUUUGGUAUGGACGGUUUCAGUAGAAUGGAGGGAGCGGAAGCAGAUUAAAGAUGGUCAAGAAGAGAGUUAGUAUUGACAAAGUGAGUUAGACUGGUCAAUACAACCUGAUCAAGAAGCUUAGAAGUGAAUAUUAGUCCUGAUAUGGGACGGUAAUUAGAAGGAGAGGUAGGGUCAAGGGAUGUCUUUUUUAGGAUGGUAUUAAAAAUUGCAUGUUUGAGGCAAGAAAGGAAGUUAUCAGAAGACAAAGAUAAGUUGAAAAUAUGCAUUAAAGGGACAUUAUAGUCACCAAAACAAUUACAGCCUACAGCCUGGUGUCUAUAGUCUGUCCCUGCAGGCUUUCUGAUGUAAGCACUGCCUUGUCAGAGAAAAAGCACUGUUUACAUUGCUCCCUAGGGACACCUCCAGUAGCAGUCAUUCAGAUGGCAACUAGAGGUGCUUCUUGGGUGAGUACUGCACAUCAGAAUCUCCACGCUCUGCAUGGUGAUGCUAAACUUUCCCUGUAGAGAUGCACUGAUUCAAAGCAUCUCUAUAAGGAGAUCCUGAUUGGCCAACAUGGCAUUUGGCUCCACCCGCCUCUUUGACUGAGCUCUUCAGAAUUGAUGAUCUAUGUCAAUCCAAUGCUUUCCCAUGGAGACAGAGAGAAAGAAGUUAAAAGUGGAAGAAGGUACAGAAUGGAAGCAGAGUAUUGGAAGGAAGGCAAAAAGAUGGGAGAUUGCAUUCCUAAUUUGAUUGAUCGUCUCUGUAAAGUGACAUGUUAGCUGUGAGGUUAGUUAAUGUUAGGGUUGCAGUGGGGCAAAGAAGGUGGGGGAAAGAGGAAUUUGGGAUCACUAGAGUAGGUUGAGAUAAGAAAGGUAAAUUACUCUUGCUUUGCAAGGGAGAGGGCAGAAGUACAGGACAAUAGCAUGGAUUUGUAAUGUAGAAAGUGUGGUAUGAGGCUUUCUUUGGAUUAGGAAACACAUCAGCUGCUAAAAAAAAAAAAAUUAAAGGCCAGAGAAAGAAGGUAGAAAUGGAACUUGAAUGUAUGUUUAGAACUUUCGGUUUUAGAGGAGGGGGGGAGGAGGUAUUAAGAAUGAGAACAUUGGAUAAGCAACUUUACAAAGACUGGGGAAGGAGGUGUUAGGUAGUGUAGCACUCUGUUAGUGAAGCAGGAAUAGUUGAGAAUGAAAGAUGGUGAGUAAUCAAUGAGGGAGAUUAUAAGACUGGUGUCUGCAGAGAGCAAAUGAUGACCAUAAUUAUGUAAUUAGUCAAUAUAUAAAAAAAAUUAAUUGGGGUGCGUGGGAGAGAAGAGAGUGUGUUGUUACAAGGCAUGUGUGCAAGAGACUAAGACUGUAAAAGAGAUUAUAAAAUUAAUUAGAUGCUAUUUGGGGAGGGGCAAGCACUGGGAAUUAAUGGUCCAUAGAGUUGACAAGGAAAAGUUAUAGGCAUGCUGACACAAAUACUAGGGGUGCAAUAUUCUAUCUGAAAGCAUACAACAUAGAAUUCUAGUACAAAAAUGUAAAACAGAAGAAAUAGUAAUUUAAUAUCCAAAUCUUUACCUCUUACAAACAUUAAAACGGCUUACUCUUUAGGUUUUCCGUUAGUGCAACACUGACAUCUACUGGAAAAAAAUGAAAUCAACACGUAGAAAUAACAUUCUCUCAAUGAUCACUUUAUUAGGCACGUAUUUCUAAUAAUGGGCAUGGACUUCAAGAAACAUGCUUUAGAGAUUCUGGCCCAUGUUGACAUUAUAGCAUAACCCAUUACAUUUGUUGACUGCACAUCACAUAAUGAAUUAUUAAUCUCUCAUUCCACUACAUGCAUUGGAGUGCUCAACCUAUUGUCUUUCUUAUAGAACCAAUCUGCGAAAUGUAUAUGUUGUGACCUGAUGUGUUGUCCUUUUGGAUGUAGCUAUUUAGAAUAUGCAGAGACUGUUGCCAUAAAGUGAUGUGCAUGGUAAACUAUGAUACUCAGACAGGCAGUAAAACUAAAAGAAUGCUUGUUUGGUAUUUGGUGCCUGAAGUGUGCCAAGAAAACAUUACCAUUACAUCACCACAAGAAUGAGUCUUUACAUCGUGAUUUAAAGUCCUACUGUCUAGUGAUUUAAAUUGUGCCUUAUUUUGAUUUGAUUCAAAUCAAAAUAUACCCUGCCUCAUCCCUCCAAUUCUACUUCCUCUAACAAAUACUUAUUUUUGGAGUAUAAUAUUUGUGAGGUCAGGCAUUGAUGUUGGACGUAAAGACCUGGCUCGCAAUCUCUGUUAGAAAAUGUCUGUUAGACAGCCACUGAGGGCAGACUCAGAGAUGCUAUGUAAACAUUGCAGUUUCUAUGCACUAAGUACAAUAGGGACAGUGCACCCAGACCAGUUCGAUUAGCUGAAGUGGUCUAGGUGCCUACAGUGUCCAUGUAAGAUUUUCCAACCCCAUACCAUUAUCCCUCCUCCACCAAACUUUACAGUUGGCACAAUGCAGUCAGGCAGGUAACGUUCUCCUGGCAUCCAUCAAACCCAGACUCACUCAUCAGACUGCCAAACCGAGAAACCUGCUUUGUCACGAUACAGAGGACUUUUUCAGUGCUCCAGAGUCCAGUGAUGGCGCACUUGGUGACGUGAGGCUUGCAUCCAGCAGUUUGGCCAUGGAAACCCAUUCCAUGAGGCUUCUGCUGCACAGUUUUUGUGCUGAUUUUAUGCUUAUGGAAGUUUGAAACUCUUUAGCUACGGAAUCAAAAGAGUGUUGGCGACUUUUAUGCUUCAUGCGCCUCAGCACUCUGUGCCCCCUCGUUGUAACUUUACAUGUUGAAGGAUAAAAUUUCAUGAAAUUACUUAUUACAAAGGUGGCAUCUUAUCACAGUACCACGCUUGAAUUAACUGAGCUCUUUAGAAUGAUCCUUUUUUUUCACAAGUGUUUGUAAAUGCACACUACAUGGCUAGGUAUGUUUGGCCAUGGAUCAAAUUAAAACACCUGAAUUCAAUAAUUAACCCCUUCAGGUCGUCCUUGUCGUCCUGGGGACUUACCUUGUUGCUGGCGAUCGUGAUGGGGUCUUGCCUGACAGCCCAGGUAGUUCCCACGUGGCUGAUCCGGCCCUCCUGGACCAUGUGAUCAAGAGGUUAAAGACAUUGAGUCUAGGAGAAGGUUAUCCAAAUAGUGGUAAAUCUAUAGUAACUUCAGACGAAGAUCUGCCACCAACGCCACCAAAACUUUUGUGAAUGUACGAGGAGCUGUGCUUAAGCCAAAAGGCAUUACCCUCAAUUGGAAAUGGUCUUCUGGAAUUGCAAGAACCUUUGACGAGCUGGUGAGAUUGGAAUUUGAACGCAUGCCUCCUUUAGGUCUAUGGAAGAAAAACAGUCUCAUUGAUGCACAACAGCAAUAAUGGAAAGAGAGGGAUUCCAUACAAAACAUUCGGAGAUGAAGGAGGCCUUCCAUCUCCUGAUGGCUUAGGGAUCAAAAAAAUUGGUCAAUAUAUUCCUCAAAAUCUUUUGUGGACAGGUAUCAAGGUCGGGUGAUAACCCAACACGCAGUAUGUAAACCCACAGAAAACCCAAGCACGUAUUACCGAACCUUAGAAUGGUCGGAUUUAACGUAGGUAGAAAAGAGUGGUCAAGGAACAGCCAAAAGUCAGGACACCAGAGAUCAGGAGAAUGAUACAAGAAUAGCCGGGUCAGGAUUUCAGAAAGGAGAAAGUCAAAAUACAAGCAGAGUCAGGGAACCAGAGAACAGAGAAGUCUAAAUCCAAGUCGUGUCAAAACCCAGAAAUAUCUAUAUAAACACCAGGAGUACAAACUUGCAAAAGGGCAACAGAAGGAACCACAAUAGGGCAAGGAACAAAGCAAAAGGUUCCCUUUUUUUAAGGGAGUCUUCUGCUUUAAGACCAGGCCCCCAAAACAUUCUGGGCCGGUAUUGAUGAUGUGGGACCGUGUCAAUGACGUUAUGAUGUGGGCGCGUAUGUGCCGCAUCAUCAAAAGAGGCGUGACUCCAGCAUCCGAUGUGGGACACGCUGAACAUGUUGUGAGAGGAGCCGGCCUCGGAUCCUGCACCACCUGGGUGUGAUGGAGAAAGGUAAGAGAUCGUGACAACAGGUACUCUUACAAUGAUCUUUGUGGCUAAAAGAGUGUUGAUCUCUCUGCAUGAGGUUAUUCUCUUUGAACUCUUUUUUUGGUGUUUUUGAACUGACAAAGUUAAUGUAAAGUAACAAAGUCUGUAGCCUUUUUGUAGAAUAGACAUAACCCACUUGUCUGUGUUUAUAUCUGCCCAGAUCCUCCAGAACAUGAGAAUCUUUCUGGGUCUAGGCAAAGGAACCUUCAGAAAGAUUUACCUUGUCCCUUAAAGGGCCCAGAAGGCUUCCUCCUCUGGGUGACUGAACCCCUUUCCAAUUAGUAGAUCUGUUAACUUCUCUCCCAAGCCUGUAAAAUCUAUAGUCCCAAAAGGAACCUCUCUCCCGAAAAGAACUCCUGUUAUUCCAGGCUUGAGGAUAACUAUAAUCUCUCCUAUCUUGUGACUAAAAAGCUUUUUUUUUUUCCCUAUGAAGACUUUUUAAUGGCAUCAUCAAGGGCCUUUUUGAAGGGAAGAUUUCCCUGAAAAGUGACAGGCUGCACCUGCAGCUACAUACUUUUUUGACAACUCUACUGUCCAUCGGGUCAAUAGUAUUGUCAAUAGGAGGGCAGUUUUUGUGCCUAAUCUCACAAUGGAAGUGCCAACCUUUGCGGCUGAAUCCCAAUUAAAGGAGUCUUCUUCCCCAAAGGGAUAUAACUUAGCUUGCCUUGAAUAGAUACUUUUGUCUCUGACUUUUUCCAUUCUGUAUGGAAAAGGUCUCUCAAAGCAUCAAGUACAGGAACAGUUUGUUUCUUUCUCUUAAAGGAACACUAUAGUCACCUAAAUUACUUUAGCUAAAUAAAGCAGUUUUAGUGUAUAGAUCAUUCCCCUGCAAUUUCACUGCUCAAUUCACUGUCAUUUAGGAGUUAAAUCACUUUGUUUCUGUUUAUGCAGCCCUAGCCACACCUAACCCUGGUGUGGUGUUUGGGGUACAUUGUGUGGGUGUUUGGGUUGCAGUGUGGUGUUUGGGAUGCAUGUGUGUGAGGAGUAGUGUGUGGUGCUUGGGGUGCAGUGUGGUGUUUGGGAAAUGUGGGGUAAAAAUAAAACAAAUAUAUAUGUGUUUUUUUAAAUUAUUAUUAGUUUAUGUCCCCCCUCCCUUCUUACCUUUGCCUGGGAGGGGGCCCUUGCUGCCAGCCCUGGUGGUCCAGUGGGGAGUGAUCUCCAUCCUCUAGUUCCUGGGGUAGAAUUCACUCUCACGAAAUCAGAGCAUUGACAUGCUAACUGCGGCAACACUUAGACCUCGCGAGAGGAACCCAGCUGAGCUGUAGGUUAGAGCUCCCCCCGGGUCCCCUCUCCCUCCCCGCAGGUGGCCUUAUUUCAAUACCUUUCGGCCAGUGGGGAGAUAAAUUAGGCCCAUGAAGGCACACAGCAGGGCUGGCGCUUGCAUAGCACUGGCUCUGCAUGGGCCGGCAGGGGAGAUACACUGAUCUCCCCUGCCGGCCUCAGCGCAUGUCCAUCGCAGCCCACCGGGCAUUUGCCCGGUAUGACUGAUGGCCAGUUUGGGCCAGUCCCAAAGUGUGCGCUGGUGCUUAAUUAGUGAAUGUACUUGUGGCGUGACAGCCGCUGUUCGUGGGUUUUGCCCUUCUUUAUUAUGUGUGCUGCUUAUAUAUUCGUGUGCCUGUUCGGGAGUGCUUCCACGAAGGGAAUCCAUUCGCCUCCUGUACGGGGACCACCCCAAUGAAUCACUUAGAAUGUCGAUUAGAAUGUUCACACUUGCAACAAGGUGUCAAACCGCAAGAGAAGCCAUCGGCGCGUGCCGCCCCUUGAUGGCCGCCAUUUCGUAUAGACGAACGCCAACCAGGGGGAGCAUUCGCAGAUUGUGUCUCAUCUCGUUUGGUUCCCGAAUGAGGACCUCCCCUGUACCCAUUGGAAUGUUCAUGCCAAUCAAUUAGAACGUUAACAACUGGCAACAUAAGUGUGAAACCGCAAGGGAAGUAAUUAAUGAGUGCUUCCCUGGGUGGUCAUAUAAACGAACACCACCAGGGGGAGCAUUCGAAACCCGAAAGGAGACGCUUCCCUUGCUGGGUUUCACACAGGGACCCCGCGAACGGAGACUGUUCGAGGCAGGUACUGUUAUGGGGGCCCUUGGGGUUGGUGUUGGCAUCCUCUGGGGACAAUAGCUGGUUUGGCGGACUUUCUGUAAAUGGGAGUCAAGGAGACGGGAAGCUUUCCUGCGUUGUGACUCCCAGGUACAGAGGGUCCUGGGAAGAAGUCCCCUUGUCACUGGAAGUGGCAGACCCUACAUUUGGGUGGCAGGAAGAGGGAAUAAAGGGGAUCCUGGGAAGAAGACCCUCUGUCACCAGAAGUGGGAAGCCUCGUGGUUGGGUGGCUGGAACAGGGGACAAAGAGAAUCGAGUUGCGUUUCCGCAAUAUGACCCCAGUGUCUCAGUGUCUUCCCAAGGUGGCUGUAUUCAGUUAACCAACAAGAUGGCUGCUGCUUCCUGAUUACCAGUACAUCGUCAUUCCAGCAUGCACUGGAAAAGGGGGAGGGGCAUAAUGCCACCUGGGAAAACUCUGAGACAGUGAGUCUGCCUAAACAUCACACACACUUAUUCAACUGUUAUAGUGGUUAUGGUCGUUGGCUGUAGUCAAACUGUUGUAGUAUGGUUUGACAACUUACCUGGGUCCCCAGGCUUUCACUAUGCAUCCAGUAUUCUCUGGAGAGUUACUCCUGGCAAGUGCAGGAUGGCGCUUAUUGGCUGAGAGUGCUCAGCUGAUGCUUUCAGUCAGUGUGUGUGGUUCUGCUUAACUCUGUAGAGGUAACUAGAGUCUUCUAACGGAGAAGACCAGCUGCAGGGGCUGCAACCACAGGCACCCAGCUGUAUCCAGGAAAGCUGUCAAACCUUACUUAAAUGGUUUCACUACUUAUUAUGGCAUGAUCACAGGGCACAGAGUGCUGUAGUAUCUGUGGAGUUUGGAGUGUUCCUUUAACCCCUUAAGGACACAUGAUAUGUGUGACAUGUCAUGAUUCCCUCUUAUUCCAGAAGUUUGGUCCUUAAGGGGUUAAAUUGGGUAAUAAGAGCCUCCUGACCCCACAUCUUGUAAACUAGCAACAAGCUAAAUGUAUAUUUCCUGGUUAGAUAACUAAACAAAUGUGUAUAUAAUGUAAUCAUUAGAAAUAGCUCAAGUGUGCAGUAGACAAUUCAAAUAAUAAUAUACAAAGUUUUUGUGUGUAGUUGUGAGCUUUUUCCAGUAUUUUCAUUAAAUUAGGUAUGCAUAGAAAAGACAAAUGGAUUACAAUUUUUAGGUCAAAAAAUUAAUUAGGAAACCAAGUCUCCAAGCUAUUUUUGGUUUGUUUGUUUUUUAGGCUAUUUUGGCCUGAAUUAUGCAAUCAUUUUAUGAACUAAGUUUAGAGAAUAAUUUUGUAAGUGUGGUAUUUUUUUGUUCUAUGGUUCUAAAAGUAUAGACUAGAAACCAAAGUAUAAAAGGGUUAAUCAAUGAGGUGAAGGAAUCCUGUUGUUGAAUUAUCCCCACCCUCCACACACAGGGGGUCUUGCUAGGACAGAUGUCCCUAAAGCUCCAGGGCAGUCACACAUUUUAACAGCAUAACCAGGCAUUCAAAGGAUUUAAACCGGACAACAGGAUAUAAACAGUACAACAGUACAUACAAGGUAUGUAAUGUUACUCUUAAACUCACGUUUGUUUUCUAUUUUAUUUUGGGGUGCAAUUUACAGAGAAAACAAGCCUAGUUCACUUUUGUAAUCUGUUUCAGGCAGUUUGUACAAUCUCAAAAAUCUGAAUCUUUUCUUGGACACUUUCUUCUGGUUUCUAAAUGCCGGGGAUGGGGCAUGGUGUUGCUGUAAUAAGAGUUAAGAAGGCAUACUGCCUGAGUCUCUUUUCAGUGAAUUAUUGCAAUAGGGAACAUAACUUGUUAAAGUGUUGUAGAUCUAGUUUUUAUUUUAUUUUAAAAGCGGUUAUACUAGCAAACUAAACAACCCCUGGUCAUACCACAUGUACAUUUACUGCGGUUAUUGGUAUAUAUUUAUUAAACUAUAGGGUUCAAUAGACAGUUACCUGGUUAUGUAAUUUUAACAAUAGAUUAACAAGUUCCGUGCAAAAUACUGGUGAAACUGGCAAUAUUUAAAAAAACAACACAUCGGCUAUUCUCUCAGCUCAGUUAUUUGUGUCCAAAUUUGCAUUUCCAUUGUCAGCUUUUUGGGAUUUGUAAAUAUGAAUUGCCAAAAGAGUGAGGGUAUUGGAUGAUUGAACUGGAACCACACACCGGGUUAUAGUGAACUGACGGAAUUCAAAGUGAAUUUCCAAGGGCAAAUGUCACUAUCCAGGAUUUUUAAUAUGUUUACUUAUUCCUAUAUUUAACAUGUGUUUGUGGGAUGUGAAAAAUAAAACCAGCAAAUGAGCAACUCCAUUUUAGUUCCUUGUUUAUGGAGUUGCUCACUUGUAUAUAUUCGUAACAAGUAGUCCUUGUAUUUAACAGUAAACAGAUAAAUCAUAUAGAGAAGAGGAAGAGAGAAGCAGUUUCUCGAUCUUCUCUUCAUUUGCAGUGCCCCCCUGGCUUUGCCUAAUCUGAUCUAAAUUAUGCUAUUUACUAUAUCUUUAAUAUAUGUUUAAACUGAUCAUCCUAUAAAAAAGGUUAAGUUGUAGCUAAACCUAGCUAAACUGGGGUAUUUUCUAAUUUGGCCUGAAAUUUGAAAUUCACUUUGAAUUCUUGACACUUCACACUUUUAAGUAAUAACCCUGACAAUCUUAAAAUAGUAGUCUUGUUUUGAAUCUCAGGAACAAGACCAGCCCUGUAAUGCAUAAUAUGUAGGAUUGUGUUACCCCUCCCUAAUCUUGCCCCUGUUCCCACAAACUUUCCCCUGACAGACAAGCUUAUCCAGUGCUGACACCCCUUAGUGGGUGUGAUUCCACUUAUCAAAUCCAAAGAUCAACAAAAAUGUGCUUGUUCCACCCCUCUCCCACUCAUUUCCCCGUGAACUGUCCAUUACCUUGUUACUUAAAAUUGUGCCAUGCUUCUACAGAAUGUGUUUGCAGUAUACAAGGAUAAUGAGCUAGAAUUGUGACAGAAAUAAAUGUUUUGCUUGUCAGCAAUGCACAAUUCACAAUGCUUUCCUAUGGACGCUGGCGUCUUCUCACUGUGAUUUUCAAUGAGACCGCCACUAGAGGCUGGGUUAACCCUAUUAUAAACAUAGCAAUUUCUCUGAAACUGCUAUGUUUAUAGACAAAAAGGGUUAAACCUAGCUGGACCUGGCACCCAGACCACUUCAUUAAGCUGAAGUGGUCUGGGUGCCUAUAGUGGUCCUUUAAGUGGAUCCAAAUGAAGCAGUAAAGGGUUUUCUUUUAUUAUGUAAAGGUUUUGAAACAUGCUUAAAUAUAUGGAAGCUAUAGGUUGUGGAAUGUUUAGGAAGGGGUGGGGAAAAAGAGAUCUUUCAAUCACCCAGGUAACUGCCUGUCUAAAUAAAUAGCAGCCAUCUGCUGAUAAGGAGGUAGGGAUUUGUCCCACACUAAAAUUCCACCCUCCCUUUAUUUACUGGUGACUGACAAAUAUUUUAGACCCUUGCCGUAAACCUUUUUAAGGGAAAAGUGUUGCUGAACUGAACAUUUUUCAACAAUAAACCCAUCUUCUGACUAAUCUGAUCACUCUUACAAUCCAUAAACUGCAGGAGUAUCUAAUUCUAGUCACAAUAUUUAUGUGUUAAAAAAUGUCUCAAGCAGUGGUGUACAUUUAGUUUUGUAUGUUAUUUAAAAUCUUUUUGACUAUUCUUUGGAAUGAAGCACAUUGUUUUGCUGAUUACAAAAAAGUGCUUGAUUCCAAUGAAUAUAAAAGACAAAUAGGUAAUGUAAAAUGGAUAUUGAUGGAUGUGCAGGACUUUGUACUGUGAGUCAGGAGGGUUGUACUGCAACCCUUUUGGUAAUGUUUUUGUGCAACAGGUUUAAAAUCUGCUUCAGAUUAACAAACCAUAUAUACUGAGUUUUAUGUGUGUGUGUGUGUAUAUAUGUGUGUGUGUGUGUGUGUGUGUGUGUGUGUGUGUGUGUGUAUAUAUAUAUAUAUAUAUAUAUUUUUUUUUUUUUUUUUUAUCAAUUAUUUAAAUAAGCACUGUCACUCCUAAUUAAAGGGGCACUAUAGUCACCAGAACAACUACAGUUUAAUGUAGUUGUUCUGGUGAGUAUAGCCUGUUUCUGCAGCCUUUUUGCUGUAAUCUCUGCCUUUUCUCUGAAUGCUCCCUAGGGACACCUCCAGUUACACUCCUUAGAUGACCACUAGAGGUGCUUCCUGUGGCAGUGCUGCACAGUGUGCAGCAUUGACGUUUAGUGUCUCCACCCUCUGCAUGGAGACCUGAACUUUCCCCAUAGUGAUACAUUGAUUCAGUGCAUCACUAUGAGGAGAUGCUGAUUGGCCAAGUCGGAAAAGCACUGGAUUGGUUGAGAUCAUCAUUCAAGGAGGCGGAUCGGGGACGAGGGCAUGACAUAAGGUAAGUUUUCUUACCUUUUUGAAGGGUGGGACAAGCCACCAAAAUGGUGGUUUUAACACUGUAGGGUCAGGAAUGCAUGUUUGUGUUCCUGACCUUUAUAUUGUUUCUUUAAAGCUUAUUGAAGUGGUCUGGGUGCAGUGUCCCAGGUCCCUUAACCCUGCAGUCGAAAUUAUUGCAAUAUUUAAUAAACUGCAAUUAUUACCUGUCAGGGUUAAAGGGACACUGUAGGCACCCAGACCACUUCACCUCAUUGAAGUGGUCUGGGUGCAAACUCCCAUCAACCUUAACUUUGAACAUGUAAUUAUUGCAGUUUUUAUAAAGUGCAAUAAUUAACUGCUAGGGUUAACUCCUGCUCUUCUGGCUGUCUACCAGACACUCACUAGAGGGACUUCCGGGCUUGAAGGCGACUUUUGGUCACCUAAAUAAUGCUGGACAUCCUCACGCUGUGCAUGAGGACUUCCAGCAUCACCCGAAUCCCCAUAGGAAAGCAUUGAUUAAUGCUUUCAUAUGGGGAAAUCCUAAGGCAAGCGCAGCCAUUAACACGCAUGCACAUUAGGUCUCCCACACCAUCAGCAGGGACAUCGGCGCUGGUCUCAGGUCAGUGACAGUAGGGGUUAUUAACCCCUUCUGCGCCACGUACGGGAGGUGGGGGGAGGGAGUUUGACAGAGGGGGAAGCUAUAGUGCCAGGAAAAAAAGUUUGUUUUCCUGGCACUAUAGUUUCCCUUUAACUUCACCUCUAGUGGCUGUCUACCAGACAGCCACUAGAGGGAAAUCCAGGUCACUAGGCAACUUCUGGGGGAAGUCCUAAGGUGAGCGCGGCAACUGCAAUACUGUCUGAUGGGUAGCUAGAGCAAGGAGUGCCUGUGUAGAAACAGGCUGGCUGUGCAUGCUGGCAAUUGUAUUUCAUACAUAUUUGCAGCACCAAGGUUGCUAACCAUGAAAGAUGGGUUACUGUGAGUUCUGAUCUCAGUUAUGGUACAAGCCUCAUUUAUAGAGAACUGAGAAGUGGCUGUUCAAUGAAAGUUAAUAAGAUUGCAUUUUUUUUUUCAAACUAGCUUGAAUAUAAACUUGAAGCAUUCCAUUCAGCCCAUUGUUAGCGUUUAUACAAAGCAUACAAUUUAUGACAAGAGUUUUGCAGAUUUUUUUCCUAGUUUGUGGCAAAAUUGGAAGCGCUUCAGACCAGGUUUUUUGCCUUCUUUUGGAUCAACAGCAACAACAUUUGUGAGGAAGGCUGAACUGGAUGGACGCAAGUCUCUUUUCAGCUAUGUAACUAUGUAUACUGUUUUUUGUUUCCUGUAUAAACUUUGUAUGAAAAAAAGCAUAAUAAAUGCUUGUAUUGUACAAUGUGUUAUAUGGUAUAUAGUGGAGAGAAUAAAACAAAGAAAGGUGUGUGUGUGUGUGUGUCAAUGUAUAUGUGUGUGUCAUUGUAUGUGUAUCUGUUUCCCCAGCGCCCCCACCUCCACCACGAUAUGGCCCUGGUGAUACUCCAACUGUUCCAAGCUUCAACUUUAAAAAUUCUAGUAAGCCUAUUUAAAUGAAUGCUCCAUACGCAUAAUGCAUGUCAUAUUUGUGACAUUUUAUAAAAGUUGAAAUUUCAAUAGAAAUUGUCACUUUUAUACCCGGGGCAGAAACACCUCACUAGCUGUCACUCUGACACUAUCAGUCACUCAAAAAGAAAGAAAGGUUUUCGUCUUCUGAUUUCAUUAGCUCCACAGAGCUAGCUUACAUGGCAGGCACGCUAAGCCUCUGAUUGGAGUAUUAUUCCCUGGCAAAGACUGAGAUUGUAUAGGGGAGGGCUGCAAACAGCGCAUUUGCAGCUUCUACAAGCAGUUUUUUGUUUUUUUUCAUAUCCCAUCAAGAAAACAUGCAGAAAAUAAAUAAAUACUUAACCCUAUGUACCCCCAAUUCAUAACUUUCAACAUGCAUACCCCAUAUCCAUACUCUUAAACCCCCUACCCAUAUUCCCAUUACAUUACAAUACCCUCUGUAUUACCUGUCAAUACCCAUUAGAACGCCAACACUACAUACAAAAACACCACUGCAUUCCAAAAGCAAUAGUAGAUACAAAUACACUGCUACAUGCACACACAUACUCUAUACAAAAACAAGCUUACAUUUAAACACACACAUAGUCCAUACAAAAACAUGCUUACAUUCAAACACACAAACACUGCUCACAAAUACAACCCCGCAAGGUUGGACAAAUAGUACAUUUCCAGCUGUCAUAUCAUUGUGGGAGAUGUACAACAGUUAAGGAUCUACCUUUUGGCCAUCCUUGUGUUAGAAGGGGGCCCCAAAAAAUGUAUUGCACCAGGGCACUCUCUACAUUAGUUCCACAACUGUGUUGAGACACGAUUCAUUGUGAAAUGUCAUACUAAUGCUUAAUAAAAAGGAUUUUUUUUUUUUUUUUUACAAAAAAUGUUUGUUUGUUUUUUCUCUGUUUAAUAUUCAGAUGAAUGGCUAUUAUCCAUUCACUAAAGCAUGAGCUAUUAAUUGAUGAGACAUCCAACACUUAUCAACCUACUCCUUGAAUGUAAUGAAUUGUGCUGAUGAUCUGCCACAGGAGCAGUCAGCAGUCAAAAGUAAAUUUUAAUAGAAAUUGUCACUUUGGAGGGAAGUGGAUUUCUAAUAACUUUCUAAGCAUUAUAUAUUAAUUGUGAUUUUUAAUUUUUUGGUCCUAAAUGCUGCCUUUUAGAUCAUUCUUGUGAAUAAUAUAGUAAUAAUAUAAUAGUGAAUCUAUAAAUGUUUAAUUAUACAUAAUAUUUACAACUCUGUCAAAACUAUUUAUUUUAUCCAUACCAGUCCCAUGCAGCCUUAUUAAAAUAAAAACACCUUUACUAAAGCUUAGUAUUUUAUGAUUACAGCCAAAAGACACAUUGUUUACAGACACUGAUUUCAGUUCAGUAAGGUAUUACAUUGCCACCCAUCUGAAAAAAUACAGAUAAGUGUGCUUGCUGGAUGUGGAGAUAUGUGUUCAGCUGAGCAAUUACAGAGGGCGAAAAUUGUCCUUUUCACAUCUUGCUAAAAGAAGCAACCCCCAACAACAGCUGUUAGGCUCAAUGUGUCAAUGUAUUCCUUUAAUUGAAUCCAAACAUACGCUACAACUUUGCCCAUCCCAUGUUAAGGGUUACUUCAAGCAUCAGAACCGCUACAGCCUGCUGUAGUGGUUAUAAUCCCAGGAUACCUUGUCUUGGUUCACCAGUAAUGUGGCAAACCUUUUAGUUUGUCCUCUUACCUUCGUACCCACCGAGUACUCUGAAGCUUCUUGUGGCUCCAGUGACAUGCUUCCUCCUUCUUCAGAGCUGCAGCAUCAGCUACAAUGAAUGGCCCACUGUGCAAAAAACAUUUUUGAAAAGAAUUGACAUUAGCCAACACGAAAUGCUAGGCACCGUGACUACUUCAAAUCACUGAAGUGGUCAUGGUGCUUGGAGUAACCUUUUAAAUUGUAAAUUGUGCCAGCCUAUGUCAGUUGCCAGAAUCUAUUGCAAACUGACAAUAUGCUAGCAUUUUACCGUACAAAGUCAGUAAACUACAUAUCCUUGAUUUUUCUAAAGCUGCAAUUGUGGGAAUAAUAGAAAUAUAUUUUUUUCCUUUGAAAUAGAUUUAUAUUUUUUUCUAGAAUAUUGCAGUGCAGUUGGUUUUUCCUGAGUAUUUUAAACUACAGUAUGCAAUUCCCUUGUCAGUUACGCUGCAUUCAUACAUUAGUAAAUGACCCCCUGUGGAUAUUUAACAUUCUCAUUUAAAGCACUAUCUAUUGUCCAGUGGGAAGUCAUUGAGACUCAAGAAGAUUGAGCACCUUGGCUAUAAACAUAUACUGUUUAGCAAGGCAGUGAUUCACUUAUCAAUGUGUUCCAUUGUACAUGAGUUUGCCUAUGAAAAUGUGAAUUAGCAAGGAUUGUCCUACCCACUUCCUCCUCCUCCCUCCCUCUUCUCAGGUAUAGACAGGUAACUGGCUUCUUCUCAUUCCUCACUGUGCUCCCUGCAUAUUUACCUGCAUAGCUCCUGCAUCUGGCUCGCUAACCACAUUUCAUCCAUACAGGUAGAGAUCAGAUGGAAGCAUGGACAGGCACUAUAUAUACACAUUCAGUAGAAAAGUCAUGCAUCUUUCAUUGUGCUAGAGAGAAAGUUAGACUCUUCACUGUUGGCAAGAAAGAUGCCCUGUGAUAUUCAUUUUAUAGUUAAUGUUCUCCUAGUCUAGACGGCAACAAAGUUUUUAGCUGUAGACCUUUAUAAAGGCUAUUUCACUGAAAUGUUGGGGCAAUUUUCUUGAUUAUUUCUCUCUUCUCGCCACUGCUUUUGUCUUUUAUUUUUUUGCGGUAUGUAUUUUGAUGUUGGUUACGAUUUCUUUAAUGUAUCAUUGUGAGCCUAAUACUAUAUAUAUUAUUGUUGUUUCUGUUUUUGCCUGCAUAAAUACAUGUGAUUUUUAUGUAUAUAUUGUUUGCUGGCUGCACAGAUUGUUAUUUUGAUAUCAUUGCCAUUGCAUUUAGUACUGUUUAGACAGAUCUUGUACAUUUGAUCUGGAAAAUAAAGUUUAUUUGCUCUUAAUGGUAGUGCUCCUGAUUGUAUGUUUUGGUGAAUUGGGAAAUAGGACCAUUGAGUGAGCACUCUGUUAAUGUAUUUGUUUGUGUGUGUAUAUGUAUAUAUGUGUGUGUGUGUAUGUGUGUGUAUAUAUGUGUGUGUGUGUGUGUGUAUAUAUAUAUAUAUAUAUAUAAUUAUAUUUAGAUUUAAUCUAUUAAGUGUGCUUACCUUUCUAAAUAAGAUUGAACAAAAAAUCAAGCAGCAAGAAAGGAAAUGAGUUAUAAUUACACAAAAGGUGAGGUGCAUUCCAGUCUAAGUGAAUAAUAUUUGCUAGGUCUAUCGAAAGUCUGUAAUCUUUGUAUGACAGGGGAGAAACUGGGUUUCUCAAGACAGUAAGGCGAUGAAGCUAAACUGUGAGCUAUACAUCAGGGAUUAGAUUUUUAUAUUUCAAGUCUUUUUUUUGUGUAAUUUGUUCAUCAUUUUAGUCCCUGUUGAUGCUUUUUUUGCAUUGUUGGCAACUUGAAAUAAAAACUGACCACAGAACCCUACAUGAAUUCUUGAAAUGGCCAAUAGAAAGAUGCUAAUUUUCAUAUAAAAGCUCAUUACCAGUUUGUUAGGUCUUAUAAAAUUAGCUUGAUUAAAUCACUUAUACUUAAGUAAUGAUGUAAAAGUUGGCAUUUUAGCAAAUAAGUAAUGGUACUGCAUUUAUUUUGAGACUCGGCACCGCACAUAGUGUGUAGGGCAUAUUUAUAUAUUUUAGUAUUCUUAGUAAACCACACAAUUCAUCACACAGGUUUUACACUAUGCCUUGUAUUCCUAACCAUCCUAUUUAAAAAAAAAAAAUAAAAAAAUAAAAAAAUAAUAGAUUUCAAACUCAAAAUUGUAGUAUACAUAUUUUUUAUUUUGUCAUUUUUAAGGAAAAUCUGCUCACCAUACAGUAUUGAAUCCUUUUCGUGUACUUUGAGCAACCUUCAAAAAACUUCAGAUCUGAAAUGCCUGUAAAUAUCUAUUUCUUACAUUCAAAUGUUUUUGUUUUCUUUAACUGCUGCUAAUGUUUAAAUAUUUGUUUUGAUGUAUUUAAUAAAUAACUGCAGAUAUAUUGCACUGUGCACCGCACAGAUAGAUCUGUAUGUAUACAUCCUGAUAAAACUCUCUGUUUUACACUCUAUUUACAAAAUGUGUAAAACUUCAGUCACGGUGACAGUACAUCUUUUCACUGUAUACAUGUCCUUAUGUAGUGGAUUUUAAAAGAUUGACCAAUUAGUGGUGUAAGGGAACUUAGGAACUUCUUUAAUUUUUGUAAUAUGUGUUAUAAUUAUAUUGACACACACCUUUUUCUUUUGUUACUUGGUAGGACAAAUAUUACCAAACUGAUGGUACCUAAUGUUACACAAAACUUAAAAACCUCACAACAUUUCAACAUUUCUGAUAACCACAUGAUAUGUGUGCUUUAUGAGAUGGGGAGAGUCAUACAGGAUCUGUCUCAGACUGGCUAUACUGAGUUACCGGUACAAGUGGGGAGCUAGACAUGUGAGGGGCAAAGGUUAUCACUUUAAAAGUGCAAUAAUUGUAUCCAUCAAUGAAUUACAUUUUUUGUUUCUCUUUAGGGCUAAUCAGAAAUAUUUGACUCUGGGGACUAUGGGAAAGAAAGAGGAAGCAAACGACUGUUCAGAUCAUUAUAUUAUCCAACCAAGUAAGUGGAAGGACAGUCAAUUGAUACAAUUAAAGGCUUUUUAAAUAAACCUAACCUUUUCUUAGGGCUUCCUGCUCUAAGAGCCUGUAAAUAUAAUCAGAAGGCCAAAAAAGAAAGAUUUGUUUAGUGUAAUCUUAUAAAUGUUAUGUGGUAUCAGAUCAGUAAUAAAACACAGGAAUUUUGAAAUAAGGUAACAGCGGGAGUCUUGAUAGAAUAAUCUAUUUUAUAGCUUGUCACAAACAUACAAUCUAAACCAUUUUUGUAGAAAACACUUCACAAAUUAAUCACAAGCUCAGGCAAGGGUCUUUGGCAGUGACAUGAGAGAAAACACAGUGCAUGCAUAAUUAGAGUGGUGCAAGUAAAUCAGCUGAGAAAAUACAAAUUUAUAAUAAAGUAGCUGACUGCAUUCCAGGAAGGAUGAUAAAGUGGAGCACUGCUGAUGGAAUUCAAGACUGUUUGGGGCAUGAAUAAGGUUACCCCACAGAACAAAAAAGCACACUUAUAUCAUAAUUGAUAUAUUAAAUGAACUAAUUAUUUCAAUCACAAUCUAUGUUUUUGUGUGAUUAUAGCUGUAUUAGUCCAGUGAUGCUAGUUACAUAGCUGAAAAGAUACUUGCGUACAUCAAGUUCAGCCUUCCUCACAUAUGUUUUUGUGUUUUUGCUGUUGAUCCAAAAGAAGGCAAAAAACUUAGUCUGAAGCGCUUCCAAUUGUGCAACAAACUAGGAAAAAAAUCCUCCUUGACCCCAAAAUAGCAAUUAGAUGUCUCCUUGGAUCAAGCAGCUAUUACCCCACUAAUUAGAAAUUAUAUCCCUGUAUGUUAUGCUUUUGCAAGUAUUUAUCCAAUUACAGUUCUAGAAUAAGAGAUGAAAUUUGUAUCUUGUAAUAUAUUUUCGGGGGUGAGGGGUCUAAUAUCAUUUUGGAAUGACAAACUUUUAGGAGAUCCUCCCUUUUUUUAAAGCUGAAGUAUUUCUGUGUUCUGUAAGCCUCCAACAUCUUUAUGAUCACUUGGAUUGUAUCAUUGCCUUCCAUGAGCUUUUUAUUUUCCUUACCUCCUCACUGUUCAUCAUUACUCUUUUAGCCACCUCUCUAACUGGAUUAUUUUCCCAACACUGCAGCACAAUUUUUGUGCUUUUAUUUUCCCAAUGAUCACAACUACUUCUCCCUCCCCCAACCCAUUAACAUCUCUGAAUAUUUUGCCUCAAGGCCUAUUCAGCAGCAGCCUGAAAAAACACAUCAUCCUGAUCUCAGAUUAUCAGCUGAGCUAUGCAGUUCUUGCACUGGAGUCAGCAUGUGUGACCUUUCACACUGCACUUUCUCCUGUUUGAAUAGGAGUUGGAGAUUGUAAAUCUCUCAUUGUGGGUGCACACUAGGAGCUGUGGGAUGCCUACAUGUCUACUGGAGGCAGUGCGGCUGUUCAUGCCGUUGCUCCUGACCUCCAUGUUUGUAAUUUUACUGAAAUAAUAAGCAGACAAAAAUGUAUUGUUGAUAGCACUAUACAUUGUUUGUUUUAUUCUCUGUAAAGUGACAAGUCAUUACAUAUGCACUUCAACUCUCAAAACUUUCCAUAGUAUCAAGCACAUUUAAGCUGCUUUCGAUGGGAAUGUCUUAUUCUUUGUAUUAUUAAUAAUAAUAAUAAUAAUAAUAAUAAUAAUAAUAAUAAUAUUAUUUUAUUUUAUAAAAUAUUUUACCAGGAUGGAUAGAUUGAGAUUUCUCUCGUUUUCAAGUAUGUCCUGGGUCCACAAAACAUUGCAUUGUUACAAUAGCCUACAAUAUUACAAAAAUACUAUAAUAUUAAUAUAUAUAUAUAUAUAUAUAUAUAUAUAUAUAUAUAUAUAUAAUAUUUUUAACCAUGACAGGUGCAUUCUCUGAGCUAUAUUGCCAUAGAUCUCUUAAAAGAUUUUGGAUUGAAUGAAGAUUUGACUGUGUCCCUGAGGUUAUUCCAUAAUUGCGGUGCUCUGUAGGAAAAGGAGGAUCGAGCCACUUUAUUUUUGUAUUGCAGUAUGCUAAAUAUCAUGCUAGUACUGGAUCGGAGGUUAUAGGAGGUGGAGCAUUCUACUCAGGUAUGGUGGGAACUUCCCAGAAAUGCUCUUAUGCACAAGGCUCGAAAGAUAGGGAAUGGGUCAGGAUUUCAGCGACAGCCAGUUUAGCUCUUUUAACAUGUCACAGUGGUGGGUAAAGUAAUAACAUUCUUGUACAAAGUGGCAGAAUGAAUUAUAUAACGUAUUAAGGUGGGUUUGCGGUGCGGGUGCAUACACUACACUCCCAUAAUCAAUGACCGGCAUUAGCAUUUGUAGCACUAUCUGUUUCCUUAUUGUAGGGCUUAGGCAGGAUUUGUUUCUUUCAAUGUGAAGGCCAAAUGAUAGAUUGGGGUCUAGCAACAUACCUAGAUAUUUAAAAGAGCAGACUGCUGUCAGUAUGCUAUUUGAAUUUGUUCUGAUACACAAUUGUUGAUUUUGUAGUUUACGUAAUUUAAGUACAGGUCCAAAGAUCAUUGUUAUGGUUUUGUCAGUGUUUAGGUAGAGUUUAUCCGCUAUCCACUUUUCUACCUCUGUGAAUUGUUUUUGGAGCACAGCCUCAAGCUGCGGUAGCUUGAGUUUAUGAGCGUAAUUUACAGUGUCGUCUGCAUACAUGGGUAUAGUUGAGGAUUUGCAGAUCAUUUAUAAAUAAUGUGAAUAGUAGGGCGCCGAGUAUGGAGCCUUGGGGAACACUACACGUGACUGGAAGAGGUAGGGCAGCGCUAUCAGAAAUGGCUACAUAUUGCAUUCGGUCUCAAACAUACGAUCAAAACCAGGUUAGCGGACGAUCACCAAUGCCUGUGUUUUUAAGUUUUUGCAAAAGAAUACCAUGGUUUACUGUGUCAAAGGCCUUGGCAAAAUCAAGAAAAAUAGCUCAAGUUAAGCCUUCUUGUUCCAUGCCAAUUUGGAUGUCAUUGCAAACCUUUAAGAGGGCAGUCAGAGUUGAGUGAUUUGGACUACAAUAUUGCAGUGUGCUAAGGUGCAUGGGCAGUAAACAUCAGUGACAUCAAUGAAGGAGUUUUCAUUCUUUUUCGCCAUACAUGAUACAUCUAAAUUGUGCAUGUGGCACACACAAAGUGGACAGACAUUUCUCUCUUCCUUUCUCUGGCUGUAGAAAGAGUCUAAGCCAUGGUGAGCGUGCAGUCAUUGACUCAGGAGAUUGAUGCAUACAACUUAGUUCACAAAACUGUGAAAUGUGUUGUGAAAAGGCGGAUAGCUGCUUAUUAAGAAUCGCUACACAGUCAAUGUAAUGAUAGUAAUUGGGACUUUGGGCUAAUCUGUUUCUCACAUACAGCUGCUGAACAGGGGUUUAUGGGACAGAAAAAAAAACAAAAUGACAAGCUCCUGUUUGGUGGAGCCUCUUUGCUUGUCUUUCACAGGUCUUUAAGCUGUAACUUUGAUGGUAUAUAUUUAUGUAAUCAUAUUAUUUAAUGCAUUGGCUGUGUAUUGCAUUAAAAAUGUGAUCAAUUCCCAAAUAUUGUGUCCCUAUAAAGUAUUCUUUCUCUCAGUUAGUAGAAAGACCACAUAGGAACAGAGCUAACAGUGAGGAGACCAGAGGCAUAUCUACUGAAGAUAGCGCCUAUGGCAAGCACUGAAAUUGUGCCCCUCAAGGCCCCUGUCAAAACAUCUUACACGCAUCUUUGACAUAACUUUGCCAUAAAAUCAGCUAAAAAAAUUCAAGCUGUAUGUAAUGUGUGCAUGGUAUGUGUUGGCUGUAUAUAAUGUGUGUGUGGUAGUGCAUGUUGCCCCCUCCUGCUUUCUGUAAGGAAGGGGGGCCAUGAUCCCUGGUGGUUCAAUGGAGGGGUCAUACUCCCUUGUCAUCCAGCAGGAGUUAGCUUUGCGGGGUUGUCCAAGAGUCCCUCAUGGUCCAGUAAGGGAGCACCACUGGCAGAUGCAGACCUCCGUAAUCACUCCUUCACAGUUCGGCACUCAGCGAUUUAGAGUGCACACUGGAAACAUUCGGCGGCUGCGGUCUGACUCACUAGAGAGCACCAGAUCCCAAAGAAGCCAUUACUGUAGUCUGUACCUGCCAGAGGUGCAAACCUCAUGCUGCCAGCUCUGAUCUCCCUCACCAAAGCAACCCUGCAACUUACCGGUAUCAGGGCUAAAAACUGAAACUAAUUACAUACCUGGUCCACUGCUCAGUGGCACCAGAGCCAUAUUAGGGUUGCCCAUGGCCGUAGGUAGGGUGCCAGAAUUGGGUUCCUUCCUGGAGUCCUGGGCUCUGUGAGUGUUUGUGUGUGUGUGAGGGUGUGUAUAGUGGCUGAGUGUUGUGUGUGGCGGAGGACAAGAGCUUACCACCUAAGCAAGAUACAUUCCCCGGUGGGCUCCCUGGUGGGCACCUAGAGCAGUUGUUGGCUUUCCAUUCUGUCAGUCUGUGAAGACAUCAGAGUGCAGGCUGGAAACGAGGGAGUGCGGCUUCACUCCCUUCAAGUGGCGCCUAGGGCAUAUGCUAUUCUACCAUACCUUGGAGGAGACAAAAAAAAAAAGUUAAUUAUGUUAACGUUGCUGCCCCUUUUUUUUUUUAAUCAAAAUGUCUUAAAUAUUUUAGAAAGUAUAUUGCAGUCAUAGACUGUAAAAAAAAAAAUAUGUAUUUCAUGGAGCGGGCUGUAACUUGCAAUCAUACUUGAGUAAUGUUCACAAUGAUUUACGGUUUUAUGUUGUCGUUACAUCUCGUUUUCUUUGCAAUAAAUGUGACUUGACAACUUUUUAUAGCAUCAAAGCAACACAUUCAGUUAGUAAAAUGAACAUAUUCUUUUCAAAUAGUUUUUAUUGAAAACAUUUUUUUGUAAGAUUACAACAAUUUUAUAAAAACAUUGUAAUAAGGGGAGGGGAGGGAAACUUGGAUGAAGGAAGGGGGGAUCCAUCCAAUGGAAUGAUUAAUUUAGUAAUAUAUAUAUAAGGCAUACAAUUCGAGUGACACAUUGCUACAAUAGGACAAAUUGUUACAGACUAUAGGCUUUUUUUUUUUUUUAAUUUCGUCUUCCCACAUAUCCCAAUCGUAUUUUAAUUGUGCAAAGAGGUGCGAGUUACUGCUAUGUGAUAGUUCGAGUGCUUUAUUUUCUAGGAUUAGGUUCAGUACUUCUCUGAGGGAUGGCAUAUCUUUAGAUUUCUAGUACCCAGUGCAAACAAGAGGUGGCAGCUAUCAAAAUGUGGCCUAUUAUUAUUUUGUUAAUUCUGAUGACCGACUCAGGGAAUUUCUUGAAUAAAGCAAACUCACAUGUGAAAGUACCAAUGUAUCUAUCUACCUUAAACAUUAGGUCAUAAAUCAUUUUACAGUAUUUGGUUAUUCUUGGGCAAUAUCACCCAGGGCCGUUUGGAGGCCUCAAGCAAAAUGAACAUGGAGGCCCAUCCAGCCCCUCCACCCUCCGCACGAACGCAAAGCCUACAGGAACCACCGCAUAGCCAUACAGUUUACGUUCACCCACACUUUAUAUAAAUAAAAAAUGUUUGCAGUGCAAAUACUGCUGUUGCAUAUACUGUGCAUAAAUAAAAAAUGUUUACAGUGCAAAUACUGCUGUUGCAUAUAAUGUGCACAAUAACUAAAUCCAACAUACUUAAAACACACACUAACAGACACACACACACACUAACAGACACACACACUCCCUCACAUUAACACACUCACGUUUUUUUUUUAUUUAACCCCCCCCAGCCUCCUUACCUUUGGGAAUACUGGGGGACCGGGGGGGUUUCUCCCUCUCCCUGGGGUCUAGUGGGGCUGCUGGGCGGUCGGUCAGUGGGCGGUGCUGGCGAGGGAGCACUUUCCCCUGAGUGCACUGCUCAACUCCCUCGCGGGCCGCAGAGUGAUGCCAGGAGCUAGGCUAACAAGACAUUUGCCCUGGGCAUUUGGGGUGGCUUUUUUUUGCCGCCCCCUGGAAAGUGCCGCCCAAGGCAAAUGCCUUUUUUGCCUCGCGGCUAAUACGUCCCUGGUCAUUGUCUUGGGGGCCUCAAGCAAUUGCUUGGUUUGCUUGCCUUGUCGCAACGGGCCUGAUACCACCAUAUGUGAGCCAUAUUUCCCAAACCGCCACAAUCUCUCCAGCACCGGUCAGAAUACAUGUUGUUCAUAUUGUGAAGUCUGGACGGAGCUAAGUACCAUCGAUACAACAUUUUAAAAUGAUUUUCAAAAUGGUCAGAGCAAAAAGAUGGUCCCUUUUAAUGAUUUACAAAAACUAAACCAAUCCUCUAACUCAUAUUGGGUGCCCAGCUCCGUCUCCCAAGAUAGCAUGUGCUUAAGUUUAACAGUGAACAUAUUCUGUAGACUGAUUGAAUAUGUUAAAGGACCGAGUUGACUUUUCCUGUUUGCAACGUCAGAGUACAUGCUAAUAUUUUAUUAGUAUCAAGAUUAGUUGAUUUUGAAAGUACCCUUGUAUGCUUGAUUUUCAGAGAAAAGCACCUCUCAAUACUUUUAAUGACAAAACUGCAUUAAUAUUAAUGCUACAGUAGACCUGUGUAAACCAUCAAUAUACAAUCCAUCCUCUUAAAAUAAAUAUUACUCUCUGUUUUAUUUCUAUAAGGCAUAUUGCCUGUGCUUUCAGACAAAUAAGGACUAAAUUUGUGGAAACAUUAAACCUACUCCUAGAGAAAUUAUUGAAUUAUAUAGUUUUUUUUAUAAAAUAAUGUGUGUGUAUAUAUUUAUAUACUUUUCUAUACAGUAUAUGUGUACCCUGGAACAUGUCAUUAUUUCCCUGGUGGAUUCAACAUCUCAUACAGAGAAAGCAAUGAAAAAUCCUUAAUUUAUACAUAAAACCAAAGUAUUUAUGUUUUGAGAAUACUGAUUGAUCAUCAUUAGUAAAAACUUGCAAAGGAAAAAAAUAGGUUUACUUGCUAAACAGAAAUGUUUUGUGAACUUAAAUCAGUAGUCCAAAAUUUAGACUGAUUUGAAUUCAAUUUCUCUGCAAUUCCAAUAUUUUACUGUAACAUAAAUUUGAUGCACCUGCACUUUAUUGUUAUUUAAACACAACUUGCACAAAAAAAUUCUUUACAACAAUCAUGGCCAGAUUAACACAGGGGCUGAUAGAGCUGCAGCUCCAGGCCCAUGUCCAUAGAAUAGGCCCAUUGAUAUAAAAAAAAAUUCACCCACUACUCUUAGGCAUAGGCGUGCGCACGGGGUGUGCCGGGUGUGCCUGGGCACACCCUAAUCCCGCGGCACGCCUAUGUAUUGAGACCGGCAGGGGAGAUCUCAGGAUCUCCCCUGUCGGCUCAUGCAGAGCCAGCGCUAUCUUGCCGGCAGCUCCGCCGGGUUCCUCUUGCGAGAUAUGAGCGUUGCCAUGGCAACGCUCAAAUCUCGCGAGAGUGAACUCUAGCCCCACAGGGGUUAGAGUUCACUCUCCACUGGACCACCAGGGAUCACAGCAGCAAGGAUCCCCUCCUCCACUGGACCACCAGGGAAGGAAGCAGCAGCACGAUCCCCCCUCCCUAAAAAAGGUAAGAAGGGAAGGGGGAUAGCAAGUAAUUUACCCCCACCUCCACCCCCACAAUCACCCACCCACACACAUACAGCACCCACAGACAUAUACAGCACCCACAGACAUACACAGCACCCACAGACAUACACAGCACCCACAGACAUACACAGCACCCACAGACAUACACAGCACCCACACACAUACACCGUACCCACAGACAUACACAGCACCCACAGACAUACACAGCACCCACAGACAUACACAGCACCCACAGACAUCCACAGCACCCACAGACAUCCACAGCACCCACAGACAUCCACAGCACCCACAGACAUCCACAGCACCCACACACAUACACAGCACCCACACACAUACACAGCACCCACACACACAGCACACAAACAGCACCCUCACACACACACAGCACACUAACAAACACACACAGCACACUAACAAACACACACACACAGCACACUACCAGUACCCUCACACACAAACAGCACCCUCACAAGCGCACACACAAACAGCACCCUCACACACAGUACAUUAACAGCAUGCUCACAAGCACGCACACACAAACACCCUCACCCACAUAUUACACUACCAGCAUCGUCACACACACAUCACACUAACAGCACCCUCACACAGCACACACACACACACACACACAGCAGUGUGUGUAUGUGUGUAUAUAUGUGUAUGUAUAUACAUACAUAUUUAUAUGCGGCUUGUGCUUUAGGGUGCACACCCUAAUGCAAUAGGCUGCGCACGCCUAUGCUCUUAGGGUUGCCACCUGGCCGGUAUUUAUCUAAGGCAGCCUGACCGGUGCUGAUAUUGCAGUAAUACCGGCAAUACAAAUUCCCGGUAUUUUUCUUAGUAUAAACAGAGGUUACUCUACAAUACCAGCACCGGCCAGUAGGGGUCGAUGUGUCUGUGGAGUGAGGCAGGGAUAGGAAGUUACAGCAUAUACCUGCAUCUCUUUACUCCCUGAUCUGCGGAGAGCAGCUACAUAGCACAGAGAGUCCAGACAGCAGCUCCCAGCCUGCAGAGACAGCCUACAGCUCAGGGAAGUGAGGGAUGGGGUAAAGGCUGCAGGUAGACAUGGGGAUACUGAGAAACUAGGGGACACUGUGAGAUAUGGUGACACAGGGAGACCUCUGGGGAUGCUGAGACACUUGGGGACACAGACACACAUGGGGACACAGACACACAUGUGGACACUGAGACUAGGGGACUCUAGGAGACACUUGGGGACACUGGGAGACAUGAGGACACUGAGACACUAGGGGCACAAUGUCCCCAAGUGUCUCAGUGUCCCUAUGUCUCCCAGCCAGUGUCCCUGGUGUCUGUGUCCUUAGUGUCCCCAUUUCUCCCAGUGUCCACAUGUGUCUCAGUGUCCACAUGUGUGACAUGGGGACACAGACACUAGGGGACACUGGGCGACAUGGUGACACUGGAAGACAGAGAGACACUGGGAGCAAUCCAUCUUUACAGUAGUAGUUUUUUUGUGAUUUUACAGAAUUUUCUCUUAUGUUACUCCUUGUGAUUUACAUCAUGUGAUGUCACACAUGCAUAAUUAGUUAUGCAAAUUAGUAAGGCCUGUAUUUUUUUCCAAGAAAGGUGGCAACCCUAACUACUCUUCACAUACUCUUGCUUAAGUAUGGAAACUUAAGAGGGAUAUAUGGAACAAAACUUGUGUGGUAAUGCUAACUUUGGUCUCUCUAACACUAUGGCAUGUUCUUUCUUCUACACUCACUCCAUCCACCUUUUCACUGUCCCAGACUAUAUACUAGAAGCUUCUGCCUGCUAGUAAGAAGGUAAGGAGACAAGUGGACAUGUGAGUAGGACAAGGGGACAGUCCUUAGAAAAAGUCAUUCGAUGCAUUUAUGCCAAGCUCAGGAUUCUGUUGACCAGCAUGCAUUUAUGCCAGGCUAGCCUUCCAAUUCUUUGGGAAGACACGCGUCCCUUUCGGGAGUUCUGGUUACAUCAUCCGCGUCAGUGGGGCCACCCUUUUACACCGCCCAUUGACUUCCUGUUUCACUGGACACUGCUGUUAGGGGGUAUGGAUUUACUUGAAAUAUGAAAGCAUUAAUUUGAGAGAUUAGCCUAUUUUAAGAGCAUUUGAAAUUUCUUAUACUGCUUCCUAUGGGUUUCCCUCUGGCAACAUUUCCACCAGAUGGAUAACGCUUAAGAGGUAUGACUGUUUUAGUGUUUUUGGUCUAUAAGAUUCUGUACUUAGGCCCCUUAUAAUUGUCAACACCAGGCCCACUGUGCUCUUAAUCUGGCCCUGAACUGGAUGAACACUCACUACAAAUGCAAUCAAUUCUGGUUCUUAGUACAAAAUUUAUUUAAUUUUAAAAAGAAUUGUAAGCACACUUGAAAAAUGUGUAAUUUGGAUACAUAUUAAAGGGACACUCCAAGCAUUAUAAUCACACAUCCUUGUAGUGGGUAUGAUCUUAUUUUAUAUAAAAACAAUGCUCAUUUCAGCACCCAGUGGCCACCCAAUCUUCAUCUUCUGCAUUAUUAAGCUGUGACCAUUUUGUAAAAAGCACUGCAGCCAAGACUCGGUGGAUACAAGAUCCAUUCACCAUGUUGUGUGAAUGCCAUGUACAAAACUAAAGAGAAUGCACAUCCCAAUUUUCCAAUCUCCAAAAUGGUCCGUGCCUUGUUUGCCCACAUGUACAGUUGGAAAUUCAGGUGCAUAGCCCCAAAACAGACCUGUGAACAAAUUGAUAACAGCCAAGGAAAACAACUAACGACUUAUUGAAAAGUUACAUCAAAUCUGAUGAGUGAAACUGUAAGUAGGGGCUAAACUGCAUGUCCCAAAAACACCUGGGCAAAGGCAGUGGCGUACACAUGACCCAUGGGGCCCCGGUGCGAAAAUGAUCCGUGGCCCCCCUCUCCUCCCCCCCCGCGCGUGCCGGGCCGCAACACAUGACGGUGGGCACCUGGUUGCAGAGGUUACAGGGCUGCGACCCCUGCGACCGCGGUAUGUACGCCAGUGCACACUUAAAGGACCACUCUAGGCACCAAGACCACUUCAGCUUAAUGAAGUGGUCUGGGUGCCAGGUCCAGCUAGGGUUAACCCAUUUUUUCAUAAACAUAGCAGUUUCAGAGAAAUUGCUGUGUUUCUGAAUGGGUUAAGCCUUCCCCUAUUUCCUCUAGUGGCUGUCUCAUUGACAGCCGCUAGAGGUGCUUGCGUGCUUCUCACUGUGAUUUUCACAGUGAGAGCACGCCAGCGUCCAUAGGAAAGCAUUAUGAAUGCUUUCCUAUGUGACCGGCUGAAUGCGCGCGCAGCUCUUGCCGCGCAUGCGCAUACAGCCGACGGGGAGGAGAAGAGGAGGAUCAGAGGAGGAGAGCUCUCCGCCCAGCGCUGGAAAAAGGUAAGUUUUAACCCCUUUCCCCCUUCCAGAGCCGGGCGGGAGGGGUCCCUGAGGGUGGGGGCACCCUCAGGGCACUAUAGUGCCAGGAAAACGAGUAUGUUUUCCUGGCACUAUAGUGGUCCUUUAAAGGACCACUACAGACACAGAUCACAUCAGCUCAAUGAAGUUGUCUGGGUGUCAGGUCCCUCUAGUUUUAACCCUGCAGCUGAAAACAUAGCAGUUUCAGAGAAACUGCUAUGUUUCACUGAGGGUUAAUCCAGCCUCUAGUGGCUGUCUCACUGACAGCCGCUAGAGGAGCACACUGAACGUCCAUAGGAAAGCAUUGAGUAAUGCUUUCCUAUGGGCGGUUUGAAUGCGUGCGCGGUCACAUUCGGAGCUGAGAGGCUGAGGGAUCCUCAGCGCCAAGGGAGUCCGGCGCUGGAGAAAGUUAAGUGCUGAAGACACACACACUUACAGACGCAUACACACUAGCUAACAGACACACACAUUUACUGACAGAGACACAGUCAGCGACAGACAUACAUACACACUCAAUUACAAAACAUACACUCACUAACAGACAUCAAACAGACUCACUAAGACACACACACAGUAACACACUCACUGACACUCACUAGCAGACACACACUAACACUCACACACACUGACACUCACACUAACACUCACUCUAACCCUCACACUAACACUCACACUCACACAUUUUUUUUUUUUUUUUAAUCCCCCCAGCCUCCUUACCUUUUGGAGUGCUGGGGGGGAUUCCCUGGGGUCCAGUGGUGCUGCUGGGCUCCUGGGCGGGUGGCCGGUCAGGCGGGCGCGCGAGGGAGCACUCAGUACUUCCUCUUCAGCUCCCUCGCGCGCCGCACUGAUGCCGGAGCCGGAAGAUGACGUCAUCUUCCGGCUCCGGUAUCCCUAUGCGGCGCGCGAGGGAGCUGAAGAGGAAGCACUGAGUGCUCCCUCGCGCGCCCGCCUGCCUGCCCGACCGGCCACCCGCCUGCCCGGUAUCAGCAGGGCCAGCCUCGGGGGGCCCUGGGGUGGUCGGCUCCUGGGCCCCUCAGGGGAAGAGGCUGGCCCUGUGCGUACAUACCGGGUCGCAGGGGCGGCUGGGCCCCCUGGUGGGCCGGGCCCGGUCGCAGCCGCGACCCUGGUAUGUACGCCAGUGGGCAAAGGUUUGUGGAAUAAGAAAAAAAAAAAAGAAAAAAAACAAGAUACUCUAGAUGGGUAGUAAUGAUAGGGAACUGGCAGUGUUGCAAGAAAUUAUUUUUACUUCUGAUACUGCAGUUUCCUUCUCCUUUUUUGUAUAAUCGUGCAAGUGCCAGAUUUUAAAAUCAAGUAGUUAUGUUCUACUUCUUUAUCUUUCCUGAAACAAUACAUUUUGUGCAUACACACCUCCUAUUGGCCCAUCUUGGCUUCCGAUCUCUUAUAUUUACCUAUCUGUUCUAAUGCGGUGUGGGUUUGCUAACUUUUCAUGCCACAGACGAAUGAUAGGUGUAAUUGAAGGAAGGGGAGCAUUGAGAUUGUUACUGCCUGCCUAUUGACUUUUUGCUAACAUCAAUGUCUUGAGAUUUCAUGGCCCUAUGCAGAUGUCUGCACAAGCUAUGCCACUUGAUGUAAGUCCUGCUAUGUCAGUCUAUCUGUGAAUCAGUGAUGUUCUUCUGCAGUAUGCCCUAGUCUUUUAUAAAACAUGCCAUUUGUAAUGCGGGAAAUGGUCACUCUCAAAAAUUUGCCAUGAAUGUUACCCUUCAUCCCUGUAUGAAUUUGUAAUGUAACAUUAAAUACCUACGUGUAUACCCUUUCUACAUAUGACUCUUGAUUAUAUGCUAGCUGGCUAUAAAAAAAACAAUAACAACAUAUAUUGUAUGUGCAUGUUUAUCUGUAUUCAUUUUAUCUAACAAUAAAUAAUUUGUGGGUGCCAUUUUGAUAUAUCUAAAAUUCAUAGAGGUUGUAAGGUAGUACUUGCUCAGUAGAUGGCAGUCAUUCUAUGCUAUUUUUUUUUUUUUUUUAGUGUUUUCAGGUUUUAAUAGACUUCAGGUCUUUUGAGUGAUUGUUUUUCAAAUAGUGCUGUUGUCUGUACACGUUUAGUUAUUUGAAAGGCAUGUCCAUUAGCAUCUCUGAAAUAAGUGCACGUUUCACGUAAAUGUUUGACCUCUUAUAACUUACUGCGGUUGUACAUUUUACAUAAUGAGAAAGUGAUUCUUAAAGGGUUAUAGUCUCGUUUUGAUUAGCAUUGCACUCCUACUAAGUUUUUGAAUGCUUCUAUAAUAUUUUAUCAGCGAUUACCUUUUAUAUGGAGCAUCAGAGGUUUUAAUCCCUUGUUUUUAACCCGAGAAUAUGUUUCAGAAUGCAUUAUAAAGACAUCUCUCAAUGCAAAUCUGAGGAGUCUGAUGAAAAUCCAUUCUCACCCAGUAACCUCUAUUUUUAAAUAAAACAUUCUGUGGUCUCUAACAUCACAUAACAUUUAUAAAGACUGGCUUUAAACUACUUCAGCUAAUUGAAGUAGUCUGGGUGCUGUGACCCGUUUGCACUUAGUGGUGCAAUAUAAAACAUUGCAGUUCCAGAGAACUGCAAUGUUUACAUUGCAGCUGUAAGUCUGUCCUCUGUGGUCCGUUAUCUGACGCUGGAUGUCCUCAUGGAUCUCCAGCAUCACUGGAAUCCGCAUAGGAAAGCCAUUGCCAUUGCCGCGCAUGCACUUUAGGUCUCCCCCCCCGUUGACGUCAGGAGGAGCGUGGGCAGAGCCUGACCCAGCGCAGAGGGACAUCGGCAGUGGAUUCAGGUAAGUGGCUGAAUGGGUUUUAGGGGGGCACUCCAAGAGCCUAUAGUGCCAGGAAAAUGGGUUUGUUUACCUGGCACUAUAGGAUCCCUUUAAGUGCAGCAAUUGUAAAUGUGCUCCUUUCACACUGUGCAACUAGUGUAUAGUUUCCAACACACUGUCUGGAUCCCUUCACAAAUAGCAAAGAUGGUUAAAGGAAACUGUUUUCUAAGGGUUACUCCGUCCAACCACCAUUACUACUUCAGUGAUUUGACGUUUUCAUGGUGGUAGGAGUCAGUAUGCGCAGUGUUUCUACUUGAAACACUGCACAUACAGACAUAUUGGUAAUUGUGUGCUGGGACUAGUUGCAAUCCCAGCAUAUGUGACAUUGACAACCCAGAACUCUGGUCCGAGCUGCUUAAUGUCAAUUUAGUGCAUAAAUUAUGUCUGUUGUCAAGACGCCCAGCACACUGGCAGCAGACAUGAAGAUCUUACCAAGCUAUCUCUCCUGUCCCACUUUCCCUUCCAUGUUGCACUCCCUCUCUCCAUGCAGCCUUGAUUAUUAAUUUUAUUUUUAUUUUUUAAACCCUUCCUCCUCCCUCACUCCGGCUCCCUUCCUCAUCGGCUUCUGUGAGAAGCCUGUGAUUGGUCCAUGCGUGUACCAAGUGUUGUCAGGAGGGGGGUGCGGAGAAGCAGCGCUGGGAGCUUUGUUUCGGCACUGUGUUCAAGGUGAGUAAAAUCUUUUUAUUUCAGGCUUUACUACAGAUUGAGAGGGGGACUUUCUCCACAUUGCCCAGUAGGGCAUAUUAUACCGGUUGAAGGAUUAUAGUAGCCCUUUAAAUGUCCGCUUCUACACAACCAAUUACCUUUAUAAAAUACAUUAUUUCUUUCUUUAGGUCAGGACUCCCUUUCUCCUGGAUGCAGGGAAUUGACUCAGGCAGUGCGUAUCCAGCAGCGCUCUCUGGAGCAGAAGAUGCAGAGCUGUCUGGAAGAGCUGCGCCUUCUAUGUUUGCGGGAGGCAGUAAGUUCAUCUUAUCCAGUCUAAAACACCAAUUAAAUGUAGUGCUUACAAAUACUAGAUCCUGUUCCAAGACAUUUUUUUUAUUAUUAUUAUUAUUAUUAUUAUAUUAUAUUAUAUAUUUAUAUAGCGCCAACUGAUUCCACAGCACUUUACAAUAUUAUGGAAGGGGUGGAAAUUUACAAUAAAUGACACAGAAACAGUAGGUAGAUGAGGGCCCUGCUCAAAUGAGCUUACAGUCUAGACAUGACUCUUUCUAUAUCAAUCAUUCUUCAUUUUCCUCCCUUCUUUUGCUUUAUCUCACUCAGUAUUCCUUAUUCUUUACCAUCUUUGUGUUCAUAUAUUAUGUGUAAAUAUGUCAACAUUUCCAUCUGUUACUCUUUGGGUUUUUUUCCCCCCCAACCUGUGUACCUGCAAAUCAUGCUCUGUCUUUCUUACAUAAAGACACUUAUUUUCUAUUUAUCUUCUCUAUCCAAGGAGCUUACAGGUGUCUUCCCUAAGGAUUACCCACUAAAAGCUGAUGAAACACCCCCCAAAGUCCGGCGAAGGGUUGGAGCUCUGUUUAAACUGGAUGAGCAAGCAAUUCAUUACAGGAAGGAGGCAAGUGAUGUUCUCUUUUUUUUAGUUAAUCGUCUAGAACACGGUUUCCCAAUUAAUUUUUCCUGUGGAACCCUUUGACAUGGUAUGUGCCGUAGAGUAGCACAGCACAGCGCAAACCUUUCAGUGAGCAGAGAAUAAUGUUCUCUUUUGUUGGCAUUUUCUUUUUAUAUCUGAUUCAAUUGUUGACAGUUAUAUUCACAUGUCUGCAGUUGCGUCAAACUUUGUUUUUGUUGCAGAUCUAAGUGAGAACCCAGUUUCACAUAAGUACGUUCUGGCGAAUACAAAUACAAAAAGAAAAGUCAUGCGCUCACUCCCAUCACUCCUGGGCGGCAGCAACAACUACAGUACACAUCAGCUAAUACAUAUAGGAGGGAGGAGGACCUAAUAACCCUAUGGUGCCAAGAAAAUAGGUUUGUUUUCCUGGCACUAUAGUGCUCCUUUAAGUGUUGGCAAAGAGUUCAAAUUAUUUUACUCAACAGAUGAGGUCCAAAACUGCAGUUUACGAGACAGUGAAAAUAUUUUAGCUCUUGCAUUAAAAAUAUUAGUGUUUUUUUUCCUUGAAGUGAUAAACAUACAUCUAAUUUUGUGAAUAUGUCUGCAAGAUAUGCUACUUUGGAUAACCACAAAAUGUUUGUUACUCGAUCAGAUAAUCCAAAUUUAUGAUCCUGGAAAUAUGCAAACAACUCUUGACGCAAUUCAAACAUUCUAACAAGGACUUUACCUCAUGAUCGCCAAUGGACUUCUGAAUGCAAAAGCAGUGCACAGUGGUGUCUACCCAUAUCUUCACAUAUAAUUUUAAAUAGUCGUGACUGUAAUGGUCGCCUUUUUAUAAAAUUAAUAAUCUGGACCGAUUUGUCUCGAACUAUUUUAAGUGAGAUUGAAAUAUUUUUAGCUACCAGUACAUGUCUGUGAAGAACACAGAGAGAACUGGUGCUGUUUUUUGCUACAUUUCUUAUUCGUGUCACAGCGCCUGCCACUUUCCCAACCAUUGCUUUGGCACCAUCACUACACACAUCUACACAUUUGUCCCAAUUUAUAUUGUGUGUGUGUGUGUGUGUGUGUUCAUGAACUUCUGGAAACAGUUAAAGAUGUUCUCACCAGUGGUAUGAGUUUUCAAAGUUUCACACAGAAGCAAGUCUUCUUGAGCCUGUCUGUCAAAAUUAUAUCUAACAAAAACCAACAAAAUUGAAAAUCCUGUAAAAUCUGUGGACUAGUCUAAUUGUAGUGAGUACCCUUCACAUUGAUGCAGUCGAGAAAUUCGUUCAGUAUGGAUGUCAUCAGAAAGAUCAUGAAUACAGAGCAAAACUGUGUUGUUUGACAGUGGCACAGCUUCCAUUUUCUUACUCAACUUCUCACUUAAAAUAGAUGACACUAUUUCUUUUGCACAUGGUUUUAUUAGUGAUUCCCCAAUUGUGUGUGCUUCUCCGGCAAGUGCAAUGCGGUAACACUCUGUAAGAAGCCUUUGUGGCUUUUGCAUUAGCAUUUUGAAUUUUUUUUUUGCUCAUAAAUUGUUUACUCUUCUGAUACUCCUUUAGCUUUUGCUUAAAAAAAGUCAAUGUCUUUAUCUUUGUACUCUGUUUGGCAAAUUUUUAUUGCAAAGUAAGCAUUGUGCUUCAGUACAAACUUAAUUUCUGGCACUUGUGAAUCCAAAUGACAAGUAGCUAUCCUCAUAUUUUCUUUUUUUUCUUUGACUUGUCAUUUGUGUCUGAUUUGAUGAACAGUAGAUUCUACUAUUUCGGUCAUGUUUUCUGGAUUUUAGUUGUAUCUGCUUUCUCAGUUUCUAUAAGUGCCGAACAGGUAGAAGUAGUAAUAGUUUUUAUCUAAAGAGUUCCCUGCUUUAACUGGCUUCCCAAAUUCAUGGUCGUUUAUUGAUUUAAAAAAAAAAACUUCGAAAAAAUACAGAUCUGAAAAAAAAAAAAAAGUACACUACCUGACUGAAAAGGAUGCUGAUUUUGAUAAAGCUCUUAGAAAGAUCUGAACUUAAGCAGGAUUUUUGUGUCAACUUGGAGCAAAAAGAUUUGAACACUGAAACAUAUCGCAGUAACUCACUGCAAACAAUGCUGUGUUUUACAAAGCUGUUAGAAAGAAUUUAAAGGACCACUAUAGUUCCAGGAAAGCAUACUCGUUUUCCUGGCACUAUAGUGCCCUGAGGGUGCCCCCACCCUCAGGGUCCCCCUCCCGCCUGGCUGUGGAAGGGGGAAAGGGGUAAAAACUUACCUUUUUCCAGCACUGGGCGGGGAGCUCUCCUCCUUCUCUCCUCCUCUUCUCCUCCCCGUCGGCUGAAUGCGCACGAGCGGCAAGUUCUGCGCGCGCAUUCUGCCGGUCGCACAAGAAAGCAUUCUCAAUGCUUUCCUAUGGACGCUGGCGUGCUCUCACUGUGAAAAUCACAGUGAGGAGCACGCAAGCGCCUCUAGUGGCUGUCAAUGAGACAGCCACUAGAGGAAAUAGGGGAAGGCUUAACCCAUUCAUAAACAUAGCAGUUUCUCUGAAACUGCUAUGUUUAUUAAAAAAUGGGUUAACCCUAGAAGGACCUGGCACCCAGACCACUUCAUUAAGCUAAAGUGGUCUGGGUGCCUAGAGUUGUCCUUUAAUGUAAAUGCCUCAGUCUUGGAGUAAAACGAACACUUUAAUACAGAUUUCACUACCUAACUGCACUGUUUUGCUAACAGUUUAGAUUUUUGUAGCAAAAGCAAUGGGUUUUUUUUGUGUGUAUAGGACUGAUAGAUAGAUAGAUAUAUAUAUAUAUAUAUCUCUAUCUAUCUUUUUUCCAGUUAACAGUUUUUUGCCCCUCACAGAGUCUUUUGAUGCCCCUCACAGAGCAUUUAAAUGCCCCUGACACAGCCUUUUAAUGUCUCUAAUAGAGAAUUUCAAUGCCCCUGACAGAGCCUUUCAAUGUCCCUACCUAACAGAGCUUUCUAUGUCCCUAACAAACAAUUUCAAUGACAAUAACAGAGCUUCAACUUUCAGGUCUACUCUCUAUCACUCCUCUACCAUGUUUGAUAGGAAGUGGCUGAUGGCUGGGCAGGCUCUCUGAAGGCAGGACUGGCUUGAUAUCGCACUACCGCGAUCUCUGCUGUUUCCGACCUUCCGGGUACAGCAGGUAGCGGCAGCCAUCUUGGAUGUGGUGAAUUGCUGCAGAACCCCAAUUUUGUUCUCGUGGAACCCUAGGGUUCCGUGGAACACCAAUUCGGAAACACUGGUCUAGAAUAAGUAGCCUGCAUCAGACUGUAGAAUGAAAGACCCAGAGGAAAUUUUGAUGUUCAGCAUUGCUGAGUUUAAAUUGAAGGAGCACUAAACUCCAAAUAGCAAAAUAGAACUUUUGUAUUUAAAGGAAAAAAAUUACACUUAAUAUAGCCUUGUGGUGCAUUAUUAUGUAAUGAAUAUAGAUAAGUUAAUAAUUAUUUCUAGAACACUAAGGUACUGCUUCCUAAAAAGAGGUCAUGUCUGCCUGGCAUGCAUGGCUGACAAACCCCCCUUAGGGUUACACAUGCACAGAGCACUUUUGAAGCACUCUGCCAUAAGCUCAAUUACAUUGGAUAAAAACACCUUUCUUACCUCAGACCCAGACCGCAUUUAUAAGAACUGCCACUCUUGAUGUCAUAACUUGUGAAUGUGCACGAGUUACUGAUUAAUAUAUUUAUGGUGAGAUAAGUGGUGCUUCUGACCAGAGGACUUAACAAUGGCUGCCCUGUAAUAUAAGGAGUGCUAUGCUAUGUUAAAGGAAAUAAGAGAACAUAAAAGGCUUUUAAUAUAACUAGCAUAACUUACAUAUUGCACGUAGCAUAUGCAUACCUCACAACAGUCCUGGUUUUAGCAUAUUUCCUACUUUUAUUUCAUCGUUAUACACAAAAAACAAAGUGUGCGCACAUUAUUAGACUUCCUUGCACUACACAGAGUCACCUAAGGUAAUUUAGCUUAUGGCAGAGUGCUUCAAAAGUGCUCUGUGCAUGUGUAACCCUGAGUGGGGUUUGUCAGCCAUGCAUGCCAGGCAGACAUGACUGCUUUUUAGGAAGCCUGCUUACUUUAAUGGUGGAUUUGUCCUUCAUUGUCACCUCGUCAUGGAAUGCUCCCCAUCCUACAUCCUUACAAUUUAAUGUUGAGAGGUAUGCAUAUGUUUGAUGUGCCUCUUUAAGACAAUUGUGCAUGUAAGACAGAAAGAAAAAGGAAAGGAAAAAAGAAAUAAAAUGUGUGUUGGUUUUGGUAAACUAAAAGCAACACUUAGGCCACCACAUCCUCAAAUGAGGUAGCUUUAUUCUAGUUUGUAUGUUUUAACUUAGAUUUUGCAAUAUAUUUGUACAUUAACCAAAGUUAAUGGUUUACAAAAUAAACUAUAAUUUGUUCUGCUAUCUACAGCACUAUCAUGUUGCUACUUUGAGAAACAGAAAGAUAAUUCUAGCUCCAUAAAGUGAGUCUGCUACAGCAAACACCCUUCAGACAACUACUAAACUACACAACAUGUCCUCUCUGGAGUACUUGGUAGUAGUGUUUUUAUGUUAGUUCCAUGUAAAACAGGUACAAUCAGUGGAAUCGUGAGACUCAGUCCGCCAUUAAACAUCCAAAUAAAUGUACUAUAUUGUAUACAAAUUGGCUACUUUUUAUGAAAAAAAAAAAGUAAAUAUUGACCACUUUUCAAUUAUUUUAGAAUACUGUGGCAAGGGUAGCUGAAGAUUCUCAACUGUAGCACUACACCUCUUAUGAUGCUAUGCCAGCCUUAAAGCUAGCAAAGUAUCAAGAACGAGCCAAAAAACUGAAAUGCAAACAGAAAAGGGAAACAUUAUUGUGAUCACAGGGAAAUCACAACAGAGGAAUGUGUCUGAGCAUGUGAGAAGUUUAUAUAGGUAUGAGUCCUUUAAAUAGACUUGCAUUAUACCUGAGUGCCCAAAACAUACAAGUUUGUAUCGGCCGGAAUGAUGCUGUAACAGUCAUGCCUGUAAAAAAUGCAGAUUGACAUCAUUGGGAAGGGGAUGCUGAACACAUUGAGCUACAUUAGAUUGUAUUUAAACCUAAAUAUGUGUAUAUUUUGAUGAUAGUAUACUUAAAAUCACUCGACAGGAACUCUUAAGUGUUCUGCAAUGAGUAAUGAAAGAGUACUUUUAGGUCUGGGUUGACCCAGAUGUUAGUAUUAUCCUUCUCCUGAGAACAGUAAGUAAACUUUGUUUAUCCCUGGGGUGUGUGACAUUCUACAAUAGCAUUCUUUGCUCCUACUUGUAUCAUUAUGAAUAAUAAUACUGGAGUGGAGUUUCUCUGGAAAAGAGUACGAGUUUCUUUUAUUUCUAGGGGAUUCUGGGUUUCUAGUACAUGUAUAUAGGAGCUCACCAAGUUUGUGAUUCAGCUCACGUAAUAAUUUGAGUGGGAUGCAUUUCCAGUUUCUAACUAUUAUAUUAAAAAAUAUACACUUAUUAAACCUGAAUACUUUUGUUUCUUAGUUUCUUAUAAACGUACUGUACUUUUGUUAAUUUCAGUUCUAUACUGUAGUUGCCGAUGUACCAAUAUUCUAGGCCGUAACACCAAUAAAAUAUAUUUAUGACCACUUGCUUGGUAUAUGUGUGAGCCAAUAAGUGUUGCUCUUCAAUUUAUUUCAAAUUUCUGUAAUUGUUCAAAAGAAUUACUCCUUCUAUCCCCAGGAUCCACUCAGCUCCUUGCAAACCGAUCUUGCUCUGCAGAGACAGAUUACUGAGGCAGCACGUCGUUUGUACAUGGAAGAGUCUCUGUCUAAACACGUUCGGCAUCAGAGAAAGGUAGCAUUAAAAGAGGCAGAACGGAAGCUUUCAUCUUUAGAAGACCGGCUAAACCAAGAACGCAGCAUUCGAUUAGAAGGUGAGAGAUUGAAAAAUUGGUGAUAUGGAAUUUAUGGACAGGUUUUAAUUGAAUAAAUACAUAUUUAUCCCCCUGCCACCUCUCUGUGGAGCAUGGAGACGCUGAAUAUAGAUGCUGCACACUGUGCAGCACUGACCCAGGAACCACCUCUAGUGGCCGUCUGAGUGACUGCCACUAGAGAUGUUACUAGGCAGCAAUAUAAACACUGUCUUUUCUCUGAAAAAGCAGUGAUUACAGUGCUAUGGCUGCUAGGACAUGCUAUAGAGACCUGAACCACUACAUUACGCUAUGGUGGUUCUGGUGACUAGUUUUCCUUUAAGGGAGGUAUUUUGGGAAUGUCAGAAAUAGUGGUGAUGGCAAAAAUAAGUGUCCGAAAGGAGAGUUUUAGACCAGUUUUAGAGAAUUUUAGACCAUUUAAACAAAUAGUGGGGAAAGUUGGAAUCUAAAUAAAGUGAAAGACUGUCAGAGUAAGACACAUAGGCAGCUUAGUUAUGUACUUAUGGUAAAGUAAAAUAUGAUUAUUCUGAUUAUCUAAUUAAAUAUUUAAAUAUUAGUUUAUUAAUCAAAUUAGCUGUUGUUUCAUAGCUCCAUUAAAAUUUAGCUGAUCUCUAUUAACCAGACCUAAUCAUUUGGUUUUUUUAUAUACAAUAUCGUGCAAGUAAUAAUUUGCUUGUUCGUAUUUAUAUAAGACAGAACAGUUAUUACUGCAGUUCUAACAGGCUAUUUCUUUUAAAAAAAUAAAAAUUGAACUAUUGCGUGCAUGCUGCUCAGAAUCAAAGGGAACGAUAAAGACUGCUGAGAGAUGUAAUGACAUUCAGAGGACAAGUGUGAAUAUAAGGGAAAACCAUAAAUAAUUUAAAUAAUUUAUUCUGAUUUUUUUUUCUUUCUGAUCUUCAUAUUUAGAUAGCAGUGUCUCUGAAUCCAGCUCCUUGUCGGAUGUCACAACUUUGGAAGAAGGUGAGUGGGGAAAAACUGUCUUUUUAAAUCUACACAUUUGCAGUCUUCCAGUGGGUCCAAAUGUCUGACAUUUGCUUGUUUUCAGCAGAUGAAACCCAUCGAGUGUCUUUCUCUGUACUUUCUUCUGUCACCCGACCCCUUCCACCACAGACACUGGAGGGACUUUGCCCUGCCUGGAUUGCAAGUGAAACUGAGAAAAACCCACUCCAGAAUAGUCCCUGGAGAGAAUCUAGUCUUGAUCUGCCAUAUGAAAAGCCAAACAGGAGUUUAAAUAAUUCUAGAAGCCACAGCAGGUGAUGUAUACAGAAAUUUUGUAAUUUGUUAAACAGUCAAAAAACAUAAAUACAUUCUACAAAACCAAAUAAUGUGGAUAUUCACCAUUUUAUAUAGUAUGGGGGCAGGAGUGCAUGAGAAAGACAAAAUAAAUGUCAUAGAGUCUGGAUAUCAAUGGGGAGGUAAAAAUUAAAGAGAGAAUUGAAUAUUCACACAAAUAGCCACCAGAUUGUGUAGACCCAGAAAGAAAAAAAAACAUAAAGACAAUAUAAUGCCAUCUACUGAAAUAUAGAAAAAAGGGGAAGUUCUGCAAGAACAUGGUGAACAGAAAGGAAGGGAUAUAGAAGAAGGCUUUAAUAAGUAGAACAAACAGGCAUCUUGAUUUACCUAGAAUGGUCUCCGUCAAUAUCUGAGAUUUAAAAAUGUGGAAUCUAGCCUUCCUUUAUGUGUGCUGCACAACACACAAUGUAAAUAUAACGUUUUGCAGAAAGCUGUAUAUUAAUAAAUUGCUAUUGAUUUAAGUUAUAUGUAAAAACACUGGACUAUUUUACACAUAUACAAACACCUGGCAUCGUAAAAAGUUAGGUAAUGUGUAAAGCUUUCUUGGGUUUAGAAUGGGGAAAGCAGAAAAUAGAAGUUAUCUGUAAGUAGAAAAAAGGCAAUUGAUGUAAAAAUGUAUGCCAUUUUGCACUAUAUUUGAACUACUGAUUAGUUUUCCAUUGUGAUGAGGGUUAACCUAAUUUGCCUAGGGCUUGUAAAUGGCAAUACGUGGGGAUUUUGAUGCAUACUGUAGAAGGCACAAAUUUUGUGCAAAAUUUGCUGCAGGACUCAAAACGUGAAGUAAAGGAGCACUCUAAGCAUAAUCACUUCAAUGUUCUUACACUUUUGUUAAACCUUUUCAAGUGUACCCUACUAUAACUUCUGUGACAGGGAAAAUAUUUGAAGGGCUAUUAAAGGAUAAUAUUCAGGAAUUCAUUGGGAAGAACUUUAUUAGCAAUAAUCAGCAUUGUUUUAUGAAACUAAGGUCAUGUCAAACUAACCUAAUUGCUUUCUACGAAGAAGUAAGUAGAAGUAUAGAUCAGGGUGUUGCAGUGGAUGUGAUCUACUUGGAUUUUGCCAAGGCAUUUGAUACGGUUGCUCACAAUAGGUUAGUCUUCAAACUAAAAAAAGAAUUGGUCUAGAUGAUUAUUCUUGUUCUUGGGUAGAACAUUGGCUUAAGGAUAGAGUACAACGAGUUGUCAUUAAUGGUAUAUUUUCAGGCUGGACAAAAGUGGUAAGGGUUCUGUUUUGGGACCACUUCUAUUUAACAUAUUUAUAAAUGAUCUUGAAAUAGGCAUUGAACGCCAUGUAUCAGUGUUUGCAGAUGACACAAAACUUUGUAAAGUACUAAAUGUGAGCAGGAUAUUGCUUUGCUGCAGAGGGAUUUGGAUAGAUUGGGGGAUUGGGCACUAAAAUGGCAGGUUAAAUUUAACGUAGAGAAAUGCAAGAAUGCACAAGCAACGUACACCCUAAAUGGUAGUGAAUUAGGGAUAACCAGACACGAGAAGGAUUUGGGAAUUGUUAUAGACAACAAAUUAGGCAGCAAUAUGCAAUCUCAAUCUGCAGUUGCUAAGGCCUUAAGGUUUUGUCAUGUAUAAAUAGGGGCAUAAAUUCUCGGGAUGAAAAUAUAAUUUUGCCUUUUUAUAAAUCGCUGGUAAGACCACACCUUCAAUAUGCUGUGCAGUUUUGGGCACCUGUUUUAAAUAAGGAUAUCAUGGCACUAGAAAAAGUGCAGAGACUAGCUACAAAAUUGAUAAAAGGAAUGGAGCAUUUUAGUUACGAAGAAAGGUUAAACAAUUUAAAUCUCUCUAGUUUGGAAACACUGCGCCUCAGAGGGGAUAUGAUAACAUUAUACAAAUAUAUUCAGGGCCAGUACAAACCUUUAUCUGGAAAUCUAUUCCUAAACAGGGCUAUACAUAGGACACCAGGUCACGUAUUUAGGCUGGAAGAAAGGAGAUUUCAUCUAAGGCAAAGAAAUGUUUGUUUUUUGUUGUUUUUUUUUCAGUAAGAGUAAUAAGGAUAUGGAAUUCUCUGGGUGGUUUUAUCAGAGUCCAUACAGAUGUUUAAACUGAAAUUGGAUAAAUACUUACAAAAACAUAACACACAGGGCUAUAAUUUCUAAUUAGUGGGGUAAUAGCUGCUUGAUCCAAGGAGACAUCUGACUGCUAUUUAGGGGUCAAGAAGGAAUUUUUUUUUUCUAGUUUGUUGCAAAAUUGGAAGCGCUACAGACUAGGUUUUUUGCCUUCUUUUGGAUCAACAGCAAAAACAUAUGUGAGGAAGGCUGAACUUGAUGGACGCAAGUCUCUUUUCAGCUAUGUAACUAUGUAACCUAGCACUCACAGCCACUCAUGGUAUAUAUAGUGUUGGCACACAAUGUGUGCUCAUGCUGUUCAAACAUUUGUUUAAGGGUAAUGAGGAAGUGAAAUUCAUCAUUACUAUGUUGGAUGAAGAAGGGUAAGAGAGUCCCCUUUUUUUUUUUUUUUUUUUGUAAAAGCGCUUGAGUGGUUUAACAAAACCUACACCUAUAUCCUGCUUGCACUUUAGCUGCUAUACUAAGUUUUUGUGGUAAUAGUGCUUAAGAGUGUCCUUCAUAGGUUUCUUGAUAUGAGGCAUGCAUUAUGUACCACCUUUUACACGACAUCUAAAGAACAUUCCAGGCAGCAUAACUAGAGCACUUUAUCAUGGUUAUGGUGCUAACUGUGCUCUAGCAUCCCUCCAUCCGAUUUUAUGAUGGUAUCACUGCUUACCAGAUGUCUUCUGGGCACUGCUCUCCACUUCCACUACUUCCCGUGGAAAUCCAGAUGCUCUCUAUCUGAGCAAAGCCCAGCGGUGCAGUUUUGCCAACUUAAAAUGGGGAGGAGCCAGGACACUCUUAUCACACUAAUGACUACAGCGCAAUGUAGCAGUUAUGGUACUUGACAUUUUUCUUUAAAGAAAUAUUAUUAGCACCAUUGUAGUGGAUUUGGUGAAAGGUAGUCUUUGGGUGCCCACCCCCCUAGUUUAUGACAUCAACCUGAGCGCUGCAGGCAUGUAAAGCCUGGCCCUCUGCUUUGUGCUUGCAUUAUGCAAUACUGAACUUCACAUUAUCAGAUCAAUUUUAGACCGCAAUAGUAGGCUUCAGGGGCUGGGGUGGGUUAACUACACUUAUUAGCCACACAAAGCUUACAUAUAUUUUUAUUUUACCAUAUAGUAGUCCUGCUGUUACCCCUUUACCGAGUCCCCAAGAAGUAACAUGUGACAAUCUAAAUGGCUCUCAAAAUAUGAACAAAAUUACAUUAACUAUACAAAGCAGCCCUGAAAACAACAUCAGGAAAGGUGUCUCCCAGUCUAUUAGGUAAGAACUUUUUUACAUAUAUCUAACAUUUAAAUUAAAAACCUGAAACAAAUUAACCUUACAUGAAUAAUUUUUAUUAUUACAGAGUCCAAGGCACCCAAGAAUUAUGUGAACCAAGAGGACGCAGCUUAUGUCGUCGGGCAACUAGCUUUAACACACAAUCUAAUUCUUUAUACUCUCUCUCCCUCUCGAACCCUAUGUACACCUCGUCUAACCCUGUGUACUCUGCCUCCUCUGAAACACUUUUUGAGUUACCCAAUGCACCACCUUCCUAUAAAUUAGCCUACUGCCCUGUUGCCUCUCCUGGAGAGUUGCUUAAAGUUGUCCACAUACCUUCUGGUAGGGAGCACUUUACUUUGGAGGAACCACCAAGGCCUGACAUUACUGAGGAACUGCGUUGCUGGCAAAUCAGGGCCAGUAUGAAGGGAGCCAAUGCUUUAAGGCCAAGGUCACUAGAUAGACAGGGGGCCAUAAGACUACGCAAUCACUCAUCCAUGAGCCAGCUCUCUCGUUCACAGACACAGAAAGUACAAGUAAGUUAUUGUAUAUCUUUAAAUUAUGUCCACAUACAGAUUUCUAUCUAAGUACAUUUUAUUAAAACCGUGUAUGUAUACAGCUGUGGAUAUAUACACUUGUGUGCUCUAAGUUCCUAAAUGCAGACAUUUUUUCCUCUUGUAUUACUUUCCAUUAGUGAGUAAAUGAUGUUAAAAAUAUAUAUAUAUUUUUUUUUUGUAAUAAUGGCAGGGGGGGUAGUAAUACAAGAUAGAAAUAUAAACAAUAGAGCCAGGUUAUCUAGAAGUGUGAGAAUAUUUAUGGGGUGAUAAAUAUUAAAAAUAAUAUUUUCAUAAAAAUUAUCAAAAAUGUAUUCAAUAAUUUUUAUUAUAUCAAAAUUUGAUAUCUUGGCACUGUUUCCCCGAUUGAUUAAUUAUUUAAAGCUGAUUAUUGCCCACUAUUUUAAUUCUCCUAGAUCCUAGAGUAAGUUUUCAUUAGAAGAUUUUAUUUCACACAUUAAUCACAAAUUAAUUAUAAAAAUAUAAUUUAUUGUGCCAAUAAUAAUGAAAAUAAUAUGUAACAUGCGUGACAAUCAGUGAAUAUUUAGGUAUAACAGUGGUUAAAUACAACAUAGACCGCUAAAAGCAACAGUUAUGCAUGCAGUUUCCAACAAGAUUUACGAUAGGACAAUACAUUUCGAAUUUAACUUAACAGAACACAGCAUUUCACAGCAGCACAGCGUAAAGCAGUAAAACUUUGGCUGACAGUCAGAUCACACUGAAUUAACUCUUUCACUGCUUGCUACAAUCUACAUAGGUAAGAUGUCCUAUUAUAUUGCAAUUUUACAACUACAAUAAUUCUCAUACAAAAUCAUUCACCAUUCCUAUGUCCAUCAAAUAAGAAUAAUUCUAACCAGAUUUUACAUCUGCAGAAUUUUAACUUUCCUAAUUAAGAUUCACUAUUUCUAGAUUACGUAAGCUAAUAUAUCUAGAUAAUUACCUGGUAUUUUAUUUUUAAAGUUAAAAGUAAUAUAGAGUUCAUUGGUCCACCUGCAGGAAUGGAAUUCCGAAUUCUAUAUAUUCUUAACGAAUCAUGACUCCUUAAUGUUUGGAAUCACCAGCUUUUAUCCAAGUAUAUUCUGCCUUUUAGUAAAAUUUAAAAUUUAAAUUAAAUAAAACCAGCAUAAAUACCAGUUAUGUUGUAGAUUUUCUAUCAGAUGUGUAGAUAUGUCCCAGGAAUUUUGAAUGCAAGUAUGAUGAAUAGAGAAUUGUAUGAAAAUAGAAGAGUUUUGAAGUUGUGUUAGUUGGAAAGAUACUAAGAAUUAGGUAUGUCCAGCUUUGGCUCCAGAUUUUAGCUGUUAGGUGUGAGUCCAUUCUCAGAGUGAGAGUGUUUAGAGAGUAUGAGUCUGAGUGUUUGAGAGUAUUUGAGAGUGGGAGUCUUGAGUCCAGUCCAAGAGUCCUCUCUCUCCUUUGUCCUUAAUUUUUAAAGCACUAGUUACCCUAUACGUCACUAGUUGAUAGGACCAAUAGGAAACUGUGGGUGUGUCUUCCCUACAGACUAUCAUCUAGAUUUUGGUCAGUAGAUGGUGCAAUUACAUCACCAAAAAAAUAUUGUCAGGGGGUCCAUUUACCUUUUUGUAUAAUGGGUUAACUGAAUUUCGUGAUACGUUUUACGUCAUUUUUGUUCUCUCUUGUGGCUACUAUACAUCACAGAAGCUGUCAUCUUCAAAGCGUUUGGUUCACUCUUACCCAGACAGAGCGUCUGCAUUUUCAGUCAUAAUUUUAGAAUUGGCACCUGUAGCCUUAGUUUCACCUUUUCUUACAAUGCCUUGUAUUUUAGAAUGUAAAAUUAAUUACUUAGUGUUAUCUGUCAUUUAGUGUCUGGUUUUCUUGUGUGAAACUGUAGUUAAGAUUACACAUAUUCCACUAACAUUAGUAAAUAACAUGACAUUUCUUCAUUGAUAUCAUAUCCAUGAAUAUUCUAUAUUAAUUUAGUACUAAUUAUAUAUGAUUAAUAUAAUAGUAAGUUAUAUGUGGAUAUAUAUGUGUGUGUGUGUGUGUGUAUAAAUAUAUAUAUAUAUAAUGUUUGUCUCUGGGUUGUAGCAUUCAACACCCCUUUUGCUGUUAGACAUCAUGCCUUAUCUCAGGUUUUAUCUCUAAUGUCUCUAAUUAGUCGCAUUCUUUACCUCAGACCUGAAUGAAUAGAGUUACAAAGAAACUUGUGUCUGUCUUAGCCUUGUAAUACAACAUGGAGUCACCUCUGUUCUGAUGGUGACUUACAGUAUACACUUUUAAUUUCUGUCUUAACACAAAAUUUCUGCCAGUAUAAAUAUACUGACAGUAGAAGCUAGAAGAACAGAUCCCAACAAAAACGCAGGUAAAAGAACCAAUAACCUCUAGUGUUUUAUCAUAUCACAGGAAAGAGAAAAAUUUAGAACUCCUCAAGCAGGCUAGCAGCCCAGGAUAUUAAGAAAAGAAGAAGAGUAGACAGUUAAGGAAGGGAAAGUGCAGCAAUUCCCAUCCGUGACAGCAACUAUUCUUGACCAUGCCCCUCUAACCAAGACCACUACAAAGAGGUUGAAGGCAAGGGCUUGAGGAACUUAUGCCUUCAUCCAGGGGCACUAUGUUUUUAGGAAGGAUCGGUGGUUUCAUGAAUGGUGGCCAACAGUUUUUACAUUUAGAUUACAUACCAAAGCCUAGCCUCGACUUGGAUGUGUGAGGUCAGAGCCACCUUUGCCUGACCAAGUCUUGGCCAGGCAGAGUCGCAAAGCCAAAGAUAUGCUUGUGUGCUGCAUGGUAACAGAAAGUAGUCCAGGCACUUAAGGUCUUCAUACAUCAGCAGAUUUAUUGGAAAAACAUGAGAUACAGCUGCAUCUGUCUUGUUUUUCCAAUAAAUCUGCUGAUGUAUCUGUCAUGUUUUCCAAUAGAUCUUCUGAUGUAUGAAGACCUUGAGUGCCUGGACUACUUUGCUGUUACUAUAUGGAUUACGGGUUUGUCAGCCCUAGGUACAGUGCACCGAGGUCUACAGGUGAUGAGUGUGGAUCCCUCCCUUUUUUUGCAAUCUGUGUGCUGUAUGGGUGAGAUUGGCUUCCUGUGCUCCCUAUUAGCAAGGCUUUCAAAGGUUUGGAGGAAGGGUCACAUUGUGACACCUAGACAAUUUAUCAAACAAAGCUUUGGGGCAGGACUAACAGAUUUUUAGGUAAGUACCUUCUUCCCUGCAGCCCUGAAAACAAUCAGAAGGCAUUCCUGGUAGAAUCUUGAGGGGGAUGUAUGGACCAUCACACUAGCAUUUUGUAGCAGAUUUUUUUUUAUUUAAAAUGUUAUACUUUAUUCAAAGUAGAUUGCACCAGUCUGCCCCCCUAAUUCCUCCUUCAAGUCUUGUUCCCAUGCUGAAAUGAAAGGUAGACUAUGGAAGGUCUAAGCAAUAAAAUGCGAUUACAGUGCAAAGAAGAAGCCCUAUUUUUUUUGUACCCUACAAUUAAUGUCAUAUGAAAUGAGUUCACCCAUGUGUAAUCAUUUUAAAGAAACAAACAUUUGUUGGAUAAUAUUUUUGGGAUCACCCAUGCUUGAUUUUUUUUUUUAUUUGUGUAUUUUGGGUUGGAACUGAAUGAUAUAUUCAGUGGCAGCUGAUGACGUUUGAAAUUGUGGGGCUCUACACUCUGAAAUUUGACUCAUACCCCUGACUUAUUGGACUCUGUCCAUUUAACCACAUGUACCUCUGACCUAAUGUGAUGUCAUGCCGUGUUCAUCAAUCUUGAGUGGGAUGUCUGUUUUAAUUGUGAUCUUGCUGUUUAGAAAAUUACAAUAAUAUAUGAAACAAGGGUGAAAACAGACACUAUAAGAUCCCAAUAUAUGCUCUUCAGAUUGACUUAGAUGUGUGGAUAAGCAGAUCUGCAUGAACAUUUUGGCAAGGACACACGAGUGUUUUGCUUGGUUCAACUUAGAACUUUUAGUGGGUGAGAAUCAUGCUUCCACUCCAGUUUGUCUCAAAAACAUCAAUUCCGAAACCAGGUAUAUAUCCUACCUCAUUAGAGAUUAUUACUAAAUUAUAAUUGCCUUCAGGUCUUCUCUAGUUUCCAAACUUAUUCAGUUCUUUGUUGUUGUCUCAUUCUUUUUUCACAUUUUACUGGGACUGGUUAUUUGGCUGGACACAGAAUCAGUCAACUGAACCUGAUGCAAAUCUAGCACCCAAUUCUUACUAAAAUGCAAUUUAAAAUUUUUGUUCUGUGGCUAUUCUGCUUGAAUGAAAUGUAGAUAUACUCCUCAGCUUUUAAAAGUAAUAGUGAUAUCAAAUAUAUUUAUGAUCUGUAAACAAUAUGUUGGCAAAUAUUCUGUAGAUUAUUGGUAAGUUUAUUUGUUUAAUCUGUUUGAUAUCCUGGACUACCAACCCCUAAAGGGACACCCAGUCGUUUUAACCCUACUACUGGAAACAUUGCUGUCCUGCAGGAAUGGCAUUUUUGCAUUGCAGGGUUAAAUUGCCGCUAGUGGCUGUCACACUACUUGUCACUGUCACAAGACUUGGCUAUUUUAAUCAGAUGGUCUCAGAGAAACCAUUUGAUUGGUGCAGCGUAAAAAUUUUCCACUCAUGCGCCCUAGCCUUCCAAUACUUUACUAUGCUGUCCAGCACUAUAUCAUUAGAAAUGUAUGUUUGUAUUCCUAACAAUAUAGUUUUAGUUGGAUGGGCUAAUGCAUUUGAUAAUGCGCUUCCACAUUAGCCGAGCAGCAGUGUAGAGACCAGACUGGGUUUUGUCAAACUGUUCAAAAGCAGUUUAACUUAAUCAAGGGUUAUGCACCUACCUUUGUACAGUAACUACUACAAUGAUCUAUAGUCAUAGUGCUUAGAGAACCCCUUCAAAUUGUCUCUUUGGAGAAUAUGAUAUUUCUCCUACUACUCCUGCUCAAUAUUUACUAUGUUCAUUUUCAAAAUGUCAGUCUGCUUUUGAAGCAAGUUUGCAUUCCCUUUGACAGGAGUCCACUUCUCUUUUUUGAUGUGAAAUCACAUCCUUUUUUGUUGCUUGACUAUACACUUUAAAAUGGUUUUCAUAUAGUUCAAUGAAGUCAUGUACAUUAGGUCCCAACUUGUUCCAUAUCCUUCAUAUUCAGUAUCUUACUCCUGUUUACUCUGCUUGUAUUUUGUAAUGUGUGAUGUCAAACCAUCCUGUACAGACAUGUUCAUGUUUUUUCUAUGAGGCUUGUGUAUAAUUCUAGGUUUUGUUCUUCCCCCUCCUUCAUCAGUCACACCUUAAAGGUUGUAUAUAUCUGCAUGUAUCAGUUAGUAUUUUUAUUUUAGGUCAUAAUUGAGAAAUAACAAGCCUCUAAUUGAGCCUAUUUUUAAUCAAACAGCUAUUUUCUUAUUUACUUCUAUUACCGUAGGGUGCAACAUGAUUACUCAAGAGGGAAAAACACACGCACCAUCAACUGUCACAGUAGUUGGCUUCUAUCCAACAAAAGAUGUACUUAAAGAGGGAACUCACUGAGUUUGAACAAAUGUGCUGUGGGGAAUCGCCCCUGCCAGUAUGAUAUCCCUACUGUAUGGAAUACUGAUUUAGUAUAGGUACACAUUACCACCCCUUUUAUGGUGGAAGGAGGCCCUGGGACAGUCAUUCAUGGAGGCAGAAUGGGACAAAAUAUAGCUUAGAAGCUCAAAAGAUGCUAAGACUCAAGGACUAUCCUAUAAGAUCCGGACACACUGGUAUUGUACAGGAGGGGGCGCAGAGAAAACUCCCCAUCCAUCCACAUCUGGUGGGACUGUUCAGGGAUCCAGGAUUUUUGGUUCAAAAUAUACAAAGUGGUGAAAAGUGGAGGGUCGAUAAUGCCUCUCCUUCUGGACUAGGCGAAAGCUUUGAUUCCAAGGUUUUAUAAACAACAAAUGUCACCACCUCUGCGUUGGUGGGUGGCUAGAUUUGAGGAGAUGAGACAGAUGGAUGUGUUUGGAGCCAACACUACUAGGAGGCAGGAGGCCUGUGGGAAAUUAUUUUUUUUGGCUAGAGUUCUCAUCUUCUCCAGACAUUCGGGCAUAUGGGAGUUAGGUGGAGGACGCGGAGUAUGCUGGGGGAGCCGAUCGGCCAAAGGGGAGGGUGUUUAUGUACUUUAUACUGAGCAUAUCCUGUAUAUUUCUUUUACCAUUUUCUACAUUUCACUUUUUACAUGUGCUUUCUCAAUGUUUCACCCCUCCACCCCCCUAAUUUUCUGUGUGAUUAUUUUCAAACAUUUAUUGAAUAUAAAUAACAGCACAGCAGAAUUAAGAAAGGAAGCAAAAAAAAAAAAAAAACUACCUCUAUAGAUGUAUUUAUCUCUGGUUUAGUAGUAUGUGUUUAAAUGUUAUGUAUUAUGUAUAUUUUCUCCAGCAAAUGUUAUGUAUAUAUUAUUCACUCUUAUCCUGUACUUCUAAAACAUUGUCUAAUUUUUUUUCCAUCAGGUAUCUCAUCGGCAUGUACUUAGGAGAACAGCAGAAGGGGCUCCUCUUCAGUGGUAUGAUCCAGAGGAGGCUCAAAUUAUCAGUCAGGUUUAGAGACUGCACAAAUAUGUGAAACUCCAAAGAGAUGUCUCUGCAGUAAAAUUGCCAGGUUCUUGUAUGAAAAACUAUUUUUCUGCUGGACAGAAGAAUUUUUUUUUACCUGCUUUUCUUGCAUUGCACAGCACUAUUGCAGACUCUUAGCAUAGCGGUAUGGAGUAACUGAAUGUUUGUUGAUGACUGCUAGCAAUUAACAAAUUUAAAAAAACUACUGGUGAAUAUUUGUGCUACAUUCAGUCAGAAGUGGUAUACAAUGUAUAAUGAUUGAAUAUUGCAAAUAAAUAUAAAUGGAGACCAAUAUACAUGACCUCACGUUUUAUGAAUUUGUAUCAGUUAUGUGAUAGUAAUGCAUAUAUUUGGAUGUUUUGCUAUCUCGAGAAUUAUUGGGUAAAAUCAUUACUACUUAUUAUCACUUAUGUAAAAAGUUAAUUUUAAUAGUAAUCUGUGUUGUCUGGUAAAUUACAGUCUGUAGGCAUAAGCACAAAGAGCAAAAAAAAAAAAAAACAAAUCUCCAUUUCAAUUAUUUCUAACUUGACUAUUUGGGCCUAAAUUUAGGAAUAUGGUCUUCAAUUCAUAAUGUUUCACUUACUAGUAUAUAAAGAUUUUCUAAUAAUACAAAUAAAAUUAAAUUGCAUACUUCUUAACAUUGGCAGGUAUGAUUUUGGGAGAGGGGUGAGUGAGCAGGUGUGUCAGUGACACAACUUGCAAAAGGGGUGGGUUUACCCACAAAAAAAGUGUCAGCCUGGUGUAAGUGCACACCAAGUUGAGUGACAGCCUCCUGGCAGGCCAUAGCCAGAGGCAGAUUAUGCACCUCCGCUAUUCUGGCUGGAACAAUUGGUGUUCCCAGAUAAGGGACACCAGGGAACAAUAUCAGGAUGGUGAGACAGAAUCCUGAAAGUGGUUCUGCCCCUCCUAAAUCAGGACUGUUGAAAGGCCUGAAAUUGGUUAAGUAAAAACACUUAUUUCAUGAUCUGUCAAUACUCAGUUUCUAUAGUUGGAAGUCAUCAAUUGGUUAACCUCCAGCUGAAGGAAAAAAGUGUGUAUAUAUAGGGUGAGAUAGAGGCAAAAAAUGGCUACAAAAUUCAAAGUAUAAACAAAGAAAAAUUGGACCUGUGCUGCAGAUACUCCACACUGAAGUCCCAACAGUGUAUAUACAACCAAAAAACAAACAAGAGUCCUGUGCAUCCAGUAGAGGAGUGCACACUCAGGUGCUACCACAAUUUAUUUGAGGACAAAGUUAAAGCCGCAAAUGUUUCGAGCAGCAGCCCUUUCUCAAUGCUAGCAAAUGCCUUCUCUAGUCAUAUAGUUUAUAUAAAUAACAAACACAAUUAAUAUAAAUUGCUAGCAUUGAGAAAGGGCUGUUGCUCGAAACAUUUGCUGCUUUAACUUUGUCCUCAAAUUGUGGUAGCACCUGGGUGUGCACACCUAUACUGGAUGCGCAGGACUCUUGUUUGGUUUUUUUGAAGGAAAGAAGUAGGAAGUACUUGAUCAACAUAAGAACCUAGUAGCCUCUUGAGCACACUGAUAGUUGUGUUCUUCAAUAAACAGAAUGUACUGAUUUUUGAAGACAUGGCAAUAUGUAUCCCUCUUCCUAAUACUACAAAUAUUAAUAUAUAAACAUAUACACAUUGGCAAAUAACUAACUUCCAUUCCUGCAGAUGUCUACCCCUGCUUCAUCCAAACCAACUGAUCAGAAUGAUCAAAUGCCUUGUCUAGUCAUACCGGUAUAGUUUAUAUAAAUAACAAACACAAUUAAUAUAAAUUGUUAAAUUGGCACUUUAUCUUCCCACUGUGUACAAAAAUGAAAUGUGGCUGGACCACCUCAGCAUAUUGCACUUUUUAUAAAUGUACCCCCAUUUCCUUGUAGAUUGUAAGCCCAUUUGAGCUAGACUUUCUCAAAUGUUGUUCCUCUGUCUGUUGGUUUUAAGUGGUAAUCUAUACGUUUGUCCAUUGUACAGUCCUGCAUAAUGUAUUGG